AUGUACUGUGCUGGCGUGUAGCAGUACACUAACAGAACAGAGGGAAGAGGCGGGUUGUGUCUACAGGGAACUACACAAGUCUGUCUUUUCUUCCUCUCUUCUACUUUGAAGAGAGACUAAAUCAAAUAUUUGAUUUCUGUUGGAGGAGAAAAUAAGUGGAUAUAGAGAAUCAUCCACUUUACACACACACACACACACACUUUGCAGCACACACACACACACUUUGCAGCAUACAGGCAGGCUUGCGCUCCACUGUGUGCCUGUGUUUUUGACUGUGUGAGCCAGGAGGGACACAAAAGAGUUGUGCUUUAAACCAUUAUCUGCCAUCUUUCCCCUGGGCCUCCACUGUCUACGGCUGAUCGAUCCUGACAUAGCUGCUGCGAUGCGCUGUGUGUGUGUGUGUGUGUGUUAAAGUGUGUGCACUGGUAUCUGCAUGUAUUAUUCUGUGAUUCAAUAUUUGUGCAUCACUGUGUGUGAAUGUAUAAGUAAAGUGUGUGUAGUUGUGUUCGAUGUUCUGUGUGUGUGUGUGUGUGUGUGUGUGUGUGUGUGUGUGUGUGUGUGGCCGCUGUUCUUUAGUAUUACGUGCCUAGAGGGGUUUAACAUUUCUAAUUAACACAAUUCCAUUAUUUGUUUUCGAUGAACGAGGGGAUGAUGUCUCAGGCAUUUGAUUUAUUAGAAGGUGAGCGAGGCAACGGUGGGUGAACGGCAACAAAAACAUGAUUGAGUUUAUCUCACAGUCCUCUCACUUGAACAUCUAAUCCAAUUACACAACAAAAUGCCCUCAGUCCAUUUCAAGCCUCUCAAAUUCAAGUGGCUUCUCUGGGACUGUGAUAGCAUGAACACAUCAAUUUGUCAACGGAAAUGAACUGACCUUGUUUAACACCCAGCAAAUGGGAACCCAAUGUGGCAUAAGAUGGCUGCCAUACAUAUUGUAUGGUGCUUUAAAUCAAUCUUCAUCCAAUCAAUCUGGAUCCCAUAGUUGAAAAGAGCCAGGGACCCCGUCAACUGGUCAAUAGAUAAAACCCAGCUAACAUGUAUAACAUGCUGCUUGUCCAAGGAAAAUAAAUACCUUGAGUCUGGUGUUCAAACAUUUGUCAUGAAUAUGGGUCAUAGGUGUUGUGAGGGGAAGUCCAGUAACAAGCAGAGAGACACUGUAGAUGUUGAUCUAGCUAUCCAUCAGAACAGCUGUCAGUAUAGUUGUCCCAGCUUGGGGAAAACACCACAUCCAAUCAGUCAUUUUCUGUUUUGAAACAGCAGUUGGUGUUACCCCCUAGCAAUGUUUCCUAAAAAACAAAAAUGUGGCACAUCAAAUUUCAGUUCUUGUGAGCGGGAACUUUAGUUUGCGAGCAUUCUGUGCGAAUUCCGGUGCGCAUUAUUAACUGUGAACACUGAGGCUGUACCCGCUUUAAGUUACAGUUUCAGACAGUGGCCAAUAGGCUAUUGUGGCUAUUUAAGCAUAAUGUAGGCCUAUCAGUGACCUAUCAACAAAACCAAUGAAGCAAAUGCCAUAACAUUUCCACAUGGAUAUAGCUGUUGACUAUGAUAUCGUCUACAAUAGCCAAUACGUGGUGUUCAAUGUAGGCCUACAUUAAAAAAUUGUAACAUUAUGCAUGGCUUGACAUUACCAAUUUUAGGACUGAUGUUUUACUUGUCCGAAAGCUCAAGUCACUUUAUAAAUAUAAUAAAUUAUCUGUAACACAAUUGGCCAAAUAGAGUAGGUGACUAAAAGUUGCAUUGUAUUGUGUUACAUGAUGCAAGAAACUACUUUACAAAAUUGUAUUCAUUGUUAUUAUUAUUACCUACAGAGAAUCAUACAAAAAUGUAUGCUACCCUCUGACUAUUGGCUUAUUUGCAUAUUCAGGCCUGUCUCAAAACAGGACACUGCCCCUUUAAGACCAAAAAAGUUCACCUGUCUCGCUUUUUAAAGACAGUUAGAUAUGUACAAGUUUUGUGCUCUUGUAGGAAGCAAUCACUCCCGCAUUGCUGACCAAAAUUAGCUACAGUGGGGGAAAAAAGUAUUUAGUCAGCACUCCUUUGUUGCCCGGGCGGUGUGUUUGGGAUCAUUGUCAUGCUGAAAGACCCAGCCACGUUUCAUCUUCAAUGCCCUUGCUGAUGGAAGGAGGUUUUCACUCAAAAUCUCACGAUACAUGGCCCCAUUCAUUCUUUCCUUUACACUGAUCAGUCGUCCUGGUCCCUUUGCAGAAAAACAGCCCCAAAGCAUGAUGUUUCCACCCCCAUGCUUCACAGUAGGUAUGGUGUUAUUUGGAUGCAACUCAGCAUUCUUUGUCCUCCAAACACGACGAGUUGAGUUUUUACCAAAAAGUUAUAUUUUGGUUUCAUCUGACCAUAUGACAUUCUCCCAAUCCUCUUCUGGAUCAUCCAAAUGCACUCUAGCAAUCUUCAGACGGGCCUGGACAUGUACUGGCUUAAGCAGGGGGACAAACCUGGCACUGCAGGAUUUGAGUCCCUGGCGGCGUAGUGUGUUACUGAUGGUAGGCUUUGUUACUUUGGUCCCAGCUCUCUGCAGGUCAUUCACUAGGUCCCCCCGUGUGGUUCUGGGAUUUUUGCUCACCGUUCUUGUGAUCAUUUUGACCCCACAGGGUGAGAUCUUGCGUGGAGCCCCAGAUCGAGGGAGAUUAUCAGUGGUCUUGUAUGUCUUCCAUUUCCUAAUAAUUGCUCCCACAGUUGAUUUCUUCAAACCAAGCUGCUUACCUAUUGCAGAUUCAGUCUUCCCAGCCUGGUGCAGGUCUACAAUUUUGUUUCUGGUGUCCUUUGACAGCUCUUUGGUCUUGGCCAUAGUGGAGUUUGGAGUGUGACUGUUUGAGGUUGUGGACAGGUGUCUUUUAUACUGAUAACAAGUUCAAACAGGUGCUAUUAAUACAGGUAACGAGUGGAGGACAGAGGAGCCUCUUAAAUAAGUUGUUACAGGUCUGUGAGAGCCAGAAAUCUUGCUUGUUUGUAGGUGACCAAAUACUUAUUUUCCACCAUAAUUUGCAAAUAAAUUCAUUAAAAAUCCUACAAUGGGAUUUUCUGGAUUCUUUUCUUCUCAAUUUGUCUGUCAUAGUUGACGUGUACCUAUGAUGAAAAUUACAGGCCUCUCAUCUGUUUAAGUGGGAGAACUUGCACAAUUGGUGGCUGACUAAAUACUUUUUUUCCCCACUGUAUAACCUGGCUAGUAACUCACUAACUAGCAAAGAAUAUCAAAUGUGCACACUACACACGGCUCUGCUUUGUGAUCUCAAAUGCGCAUAUAGGCUACUCUCCGAAACCAAAAAAACACUUGUGCCCGUGAAAUAGAAUAGAAGCCAAUUUAUGCUUGAUCCGGUGAAAUUCGGUCCGGAGUCUCUGCUUGGGGGGCGGGUGACGCAAUUGAGGAGGUCUGCGGAGGCCAAAUCAAGCUCUGUACAGCGAUGCCGUGCGCCUUCCAAAUUUUGUAACAAUGCGGAGGGCUCCGUAUAACUCUGUAUAGGUCCGCAUUGACAUGAUCGGUUGACUGUAGGUGGGGGCGGUACGUCCUGUAUAAACACAAACUCCCUUCCUUGACAAUUUCCUUCACAACAGCUCUGCUCUGCGAAGCGCAAGAAGUAUGAAUGCCCUGACUUCUGCAGAGGCAGCAUCACCGCCAAUACAGACGCUGGAUCGACCAUGCUGCUAGCGGAUACUCCGACGCGCUCCUCAGCCUACAACAAAAUCACCAACUCAGUGUUGAAGUGAGAUUUGGUUUGUUGCAUUGAAAGGGACUGUUCUUAUGUUGAUUCAAUCCCAAUUUCCACAGUAGAGGUAAAUAUAUUAUCUGUUUAAAGCCAGAAAGACAGUGUACAAGUUCAAUCUUGGCAAUUCUUCUGCACACGCACGCAGUUUAGAGGGAACAUUGCUCCCUAGUAACGGUGGAAGAUUCAUAUGUAUGAAAAUUCAUUAAGAACCAGUCAGUUGUAUAAUGCCUCUCACGGUGAUAACUGAACUGCUUUAAUGAGAGAGAAAGAGAGAGGGCUUUUUGUUGAGCACAUAUUUGCAGCACAUACAGUAUCAACUGUACCACGUCCACAUGCAAUCUCCCCUGCCUUCCCUUCCCUCCAUGCCUACCAGGCUAACCCAGGCCAGAGCAGCCAUGCAUCCUCGCUGAUAGAGGCAGAGCCAAUAUGAAUUAGGCAGAGGAUUAGAGGCCUUAUAUAAUAUAUAAGUGCUGUGUGCCAUCAACAACCCCUGAUCCAUCUCUAGUGCUGCUAACAUGCUCAAACAACCACGAUAAAGCUCAAAGGCUACUGCCUGGAACACAGUAAUGAAGUUCUCUCUGAUGCUUGACCGACACAGCCUAUUUCUUCUACUGACCCCACACACACACCACAAGCAUGCAUGCACACACACGUAUGCUCACAGCUCUUCCUGGAAUAGGGCUGUAAUACGGUAUGUUGCCAUUGCCAGUAAGACGUUUUACCUUUCAACUCUUGGAGGGAAUAUAAUGGUUUGUCUGUGUGAAGGUUUUACUUUACACAAGUCCAUAAUGGAGUAGAAUAGCAUGUAAGUUUGAAGGUAUGUUCCUGCUACUCCCUUCCAUCUCAUAUAGCGCAAGUGAACAGCAAACCUGAUUUUAAAAAACAAGUAAAGCAACACCUCACGGCACAACGCCUCUCCCCCAAGUGACCUACUUGUUGUGUGUAUGUACUGACAUGUAUGUGUAACUGAUAGAUGCACACACACACACACACACACACACACACACACACACACACUACAAGUUAAAGUCUUUUAAAUGUAUUUAAAUUGUAAAGUCUGUCUGUAAUGUAUGUUUCGUUAUGUGUCGGACCCCUGUAAGACUCGCUGUCGCCAUUGGCGUCGGCUAAUGGGGAUCCUAAUAAAUCAAAAUCAAAUCAAAUGUUAUGAUGGAUAGGUUUUGGGGUUGUUUAUUUGGUGUUUAGGUUGAAUCUUCUAAGAUAAGCAGUCUGGUGUUAUCUAAUCCUGGGACAGAAAGCCUCCAUAGGACUUAUUCUUCCUGUUGUUAUUUCAAAUCACACAAUAUUUAGUGUCUCAAUCUUUCUGGUGAGAUAAAAAAACAAAAUAGACUAUAUGAUGCAAUUGGGAAUGACACAAAGAUGAUCAAGACACUCAUGUUGUAGACCUUUCUCACCACUGACAUUCACAUAAUCUUCCUAUUCUCUUGCUGUCACCAAAUGUAUCCUCCCAAUCUGAUUCUCUGGCGAGAUUAGACCUGAGAAAGUGACCCGGUGUGCUGUGGUCUGUGUCUCUCUCCCUGAAACAAUUUCUUAAAACCUUCUCGCAGCUAUGUCACUUUUCAUCCUCCCAUGUUCUUCUCUACCCUGGGCAUGUUGAAAAUUCUGCCGUUGUGCAUCUGUGACUGUAAUUACACUUUUUAAUUAAAGAAUAAUUAGGUUGUUGACACAUCUGCAGAGCUUUGAAACAAGCAGAGGGAGUGCUAUGCUAGCUGCCACCAGAUCGUCUCUAAAGCCCUGUUUGAACAGCUGUAGGUUGUCAGACACUAACACAUGCAUGGGUGUAUGUGAGCAGGACCAUUCAUUCACACUACAGUAGGCUGUGCUGAACCUCCUUAAGUGCUUACUAUUAUGUCUGUUACUACUGUUUCUGCCAAUUUAGCCUUGAUGUGUUCUUCCCCCAUAGAGACUGAUUCAAAAAUAAAAAUUAACUCUUGUGAUGUGAACCCGAUGGGAUAUGUUGGACUACUAUCAAUUAAGCGACUACAUUCUACAAUCCAGAAAGAGAAUUGAAACCCAAGCUAAACUAUGAAAAAGCCAUGCACCCCAUUUCCGUCUCAUAGCUGUUAAGAACUUUGAAUUUAUUGAAGUUCCUCAAUAAAUAUCUGUUUCGCACAGGCACUUUAGGGCAAAUGUGAAUAAAAGUGUUAGAGCCCUGCUUCUCCAGUGAGGAAAAUGGGAUUCAGAUAGCAGGCAAUGAAUGGCUGGCCAUAAUGUGUAGUCUCUCUCUCUGGUGCCAUCCAUGCAGCACUCUUUUGUGCAGCACUCUUCUUCAUUAGUCAGCUAAUUGUUGGAGAGGUUGCUAACGGCUACAGCAGAUGCUGCUGUUUGCAGCACAUUAACUGUUUCUGGCUAUUCCGAUUGUAGGAGGUUAGUCUCUUGUGACAGUCUAGCUGGCCAGCGCGAGCCAGCUUUGGUUCUGGGUUCCCAGAUUAGUAAGUGGUAGACGUGGAAGUGUGUCAUGUGAACAAGAGGGACGUCACACGCUGUCCACUCCACCCCUCUCUUAGCUGCCAUUUCUGAGGGGGCUUUGAUUCAUUAUGCAAGCAUAUGCUAAUUCUUCCCCAUACUAUUGUUGUGUAUAAUAAUGUAUAUUUUAAUGUGUAAUGGAUGUGUAGUUUAAUGUGUAUAUUGUAUUUUGAUAUGUUUUGUUCUGCAAAACAGGUCUCAUCUGGAAAUAAGACCUUUGUCUCAGAAUUGACUACCUGUACAAAGAUGAAUAAAUAAAACAAAUUUAACCAGAUUCCUGUGGUGAGGUUGGAGCUUUUAAACAUAAAUAAUUAGUCCUUCUAAUUAGGCUUGGGAGGUAUCCAGAUUGUCAUACCUUCAUACUGACCUUGUGUCAUCCCGGGAUAUUCAGUAAUACUGGCACUGAACACAAGGUGGGCUAUUUUCAAACCCCACUGAGCCUCUGUAAUCCGAAGGUUAGCAAUGCUAACAAGUACAUGUCAAAUCCCAUAACCAAUGCCAGCUAAAUGCUAACGAGCACAUUGCGAACAUCUCUGACAAACUAUUAGCAGGACAGACAACCCCAGCUCAUAAAGUUAUACAAGUAACAAAAAAAUGCUACUCACAGUUUGCUGCACGCACAAAACAAAUAUUAGCCAGCAAGGCUCUUGAUCCAGGAGGGGAUUCUCUGCUGUUACCAAGAGAAGCUUGAUUUUGCAAGAAGCUAACCACUUAGCUAGAUAACUAGCUACUAAAUUAGCAAACCAAAUGCACAAUUGCAAAGUAUUUAGAAAUGUUUUGACAGUUAACUUAAUAGUUAUAAGAUAUCUAACUGGAAAACAUUUAGUGAACUCCAUACUGUAACUAGAUCACCUGGUGCAUGCUGCACAACAGUGAGUGACUCACAAGGCUCCAGUCUCUCAUUGUUAUGUGCUUGUAAACAAACACCACGUGACUGGGGACUACCGGUAAGCAUCAUAAUGAAAGAUGUGACCGGUGAAAUGAAGAAUGCAAUCUGCUUUACCUCCUAACGUAUUGCACAAGUUGACUGCAGGUAUUUAUUUAAAAAGUAGCUACAAAUAUUCAAAUGUAUAGAAAAAACUUCAAAUAAAUAGUUUCAUCAGUAUUGAUGGUAUUGAAAAACCAUCCCGUGGCUAUUUCCAAAUACCCCGAUAUAAGGUAUAUACGGUAUACCGCCCAAGCCUACUUCUGAGUGUGACUCAAACCGACCGAACUCACAAGUCCAUCCGACACCUGGUAACCCCUGGUGACCUCCUCUCUGAGACUCCCAGGCGGUACGUGGACCAGGCCGGGCCCAACAGACAUGUGUCCACGGUUGUGAAGUCCUGGGUCCCUGGGUUGAAGGAGGAGCGUGUGUUGGGGAUGGAGGAUGGGUGAGGAGGCCAGGCUUUGUUGCUUAAUUAGGGAAAUGAAAGAGGCCGGGAAAAUGGCUAACUAGCUGCCAGUGCCAGCACAGUGCUGCCUCUGUGUCCUCUCAGGCUUCACUUUCAAAGGGGCAGCCUGCCUUUUGUGGUCCACCUCCCAGUCCCAGGCCUGCAACUACCAGACUCCCCCAGCCCUAGCCCUGUUUGGUUUAUCUGUUGCCUACCGUUUAGGAUAUAUUCUAGGACAUACUUCUUCUUACAGGGAAGGGGUUGUUUUAAAUAAGUAGUGAUUGAACUGGUCCAGGCAAAGUUAGCAGUUGCUCUGCUCUAUUGGCUUGACUAGACAGUGUUUCCACUAUAAAAAAUUUCAGCAGCAGUGGCAAAGGGAGGGUGAGAAUUUUUGUAUUUUUAUAUAAAUUUUUUAGGGGUAGAUCAGCUUUAUUAUUGCAGAUAGAUUGUAACAUCCAUCAAUGUAAUUGUCUGCAUCACUUCCAAUCCCCCAUAUAUUAUUUUCACAAAUAUACAGUACCAGUCAAAAGUUUGUACACACCUACUCAUUCAAGGAUUUCUCUUUAUUUUUGCAAUUCUUUACAUUGUAGAAUAAUAGUGAGGACAUCAAAACUAUGAAAUACCACAUAUGGAAUCAUGUAGUAACCAAAAAAGUGUUAAACAAAUCAAAAUAUAUUUUAUAUUUGAGAUUUUUCAAAUAGCCACCUUUUGCCUUGAUGACAGCUUUGCACACUCUUGGCCUUCUCUCAACCAGCUUCUUGAGGUAGUCACCUGGAAUGCAUUUCAAUUAACAGGUACAGUGAGGGGAAAAAAGUAUUUGAUCCCCUGCUGAUUUUGUAUGUUUGCCCACUGACAAAGACAUGAUCAGUCUAUAAUUUUAAUGGUAGGUUUAUUUGAACAGUGAGAGACAGAAUAACAACAAAACAUCCAGAAAAACGCAUGUCAAAAAUGUUAUAAAUUGAUUUCCAUUUUAAUGAGGGAAAUAAGUAUUUGACCCCUCUGCAAACAUUGACUUAGUACUUGGUGGUAAAACCCUUGUUGGCAAUCACAGAGGUCAGACAUUUCUUGUAGUUGGCCACCAGGUUUGCACACAUCUCAGGAGGGAUUUUGUUCCAUUCCUCUUUGCAGAUCUUCUCCAAGUCAUUAAGGUUUCGAGGCUGACGUUUGGCAACUCGAACCUUCAGCUCCCUCCACAGAUUUUCUAUGGGAUUAAGGUCUGGAGACUGGCUAGGCCACUCCAGGACCUUAAUGUGCUUCUUCUUGAGCCACUCCUUUGUUACCUUGGCCGUGUGUUUUGGAUCAUUGUCAUGCUGGAAUACCCAUCUACGACCCAUUUUCAAUGCCCUGGCUGAGGGAAGGAGGUUCUCACCCAAGAUUUGACGGUACAUGGCCCCGUCCAUCGUCCCUUUGAUGCGGUGAAGUUGUCCUGUCCCCUUAGCAGAAAAACACCCACAAAACAUAAUGUUUCCACCUCCAUGUUUGACAGUGGGGAUGGUGUUCUCGUGGCAAAGGGGGGGUGAGAACAUUUUAGUUUUAAAGCUAUUUUCCUGCAACUCUACACAUUUUGCCAUAGCUUAUGCCAUGUUCUUAUGCUAUCUGAGUGACUCAAACAUAACUAAAUCAAUGCCAUGAUAUUUUUAGAUUAUAUUUUCUAAAUACUUUAAAUCUGGUUUCAGUCAUUUAAGUUUACACUGAAAAUGUUUUACCAUGCCGAAAAGUAUUUUCAAAUAAGAUGUUCAUUUGGAGUGGCGGCAACUAUUUAGCAGCGGCAGCCCGCCGCUGCUUAAUGAAUAUAGGGGAAACACUGCUAAACGACUCUCAGCACUGAACGCACAUUUUAAUCUAAAUACGUCAGUAAUCUACAGUAAUCUAAGAUACUGCCUUUAUCUGAGUAGCACAUUACACAGACAUGCAUUUGUUUUGUGAUCAUUAAGGCUAUUGUGGGACUAAACUUGCUAUUCUUCUCUAUAACAAAUGUUUGGACAAACUGUUCCUGCCUGUAGAGGACAACUCGUACUGUGCUGUUCUCUGUGCUGGUAUUAUAUAGUGUUUGUUGUUGUCACAGGGACAUGUUGCAUCACCCCCACUAUUUUUCCAUUAGCUGCUGGAGUCUGGUCGUGAGGGCAUUGACCUUUUACCCACCUGUGGGGUUUCUGUAACAAUCACCCUCCCAUGGCCAGUAAUAAGUAUAUGGAAAAUGACAGCAGAUCUACUGCACCACUGAAGGGGUGGAUGUAUGCAUGAACAUGGUUUUCAUCAUAAUGAUUAAACCAUAGAUCUGCUAGGUGGCAUGUAAGCAAGGGGCAAAGCUGACGUCCCACUGUUGACUGAUGAGUUACUCAACACUUCUUCUUUUGAUUAAUGAGGAGCGUGAAACCUCCCAAUGUUUGAGUGUCUUGUGGAGUAACCUGUGCCUGUUCUUCUGAGCUGACCGUGCUGGGGUGGAACCAGAUCCAGUGUGAGUUUGAUGUGUAGCUGUGGACUGCAUUGUGGACAGUGACAGGUCAGGUCAGGCUUAAUGCUGGCUUAUUCAGAGAGGUGUUUACCUGUCCCUCCCUUCCUCCCGGCCAAGACACACACACAGCAACAAUAAUGAAAGCAUUCCUGUGUUUGUGAAGCGAGAGAGAGCUACACUGGUCAUGAUGAGCAUGCAGGAUGGGGGAGAGGCAGGCAGGCAGCUGCUGUCUGUGCUGCUCUAUGGGGGAGACAGAGGGCCCAGAAACCACAGAAUGUUGCUGCUGUGACUGCAGGUCCUUCACUAGCAGCCUGAAACACACCGUCUAUUAAUAAUAAACAGAUGAGGUACCUUCUGCUUCUCCCUUCCGCCUCCCCUUUUUUUGGGGUCUAAAAUACGCCUUCUAAAAAAUGCAUUAUGAUGGCGUUAACCUUGCGGUGGAAAAUAAGGCUUGUUGCUGUCAGUAAACUCACCAGGCCACCGUGUGAUUUCAUUUGGUGUGAGGCAAAAAAUAACAUGAUUAUUGACAUUUCAAACAUACCUUUGUUUGUUUCUUCUGAAUAUGACACUGUAGUUUAGGGCUGACCCCAUUUAGUCGACUGGUCGAUUGUUUGGUUGACGGGCUGUUGGUCGACCGAUAAUUUUUUUGUCCGGCUGUUGCAAAAAAAAUAUAUAUAUAUAUAUGUAUGGACCGUCUUGUUUGACGCCUGUCUCAGUGGCCUAAUCCAUUGCGGAGGCCGCGGGGAUGGCACAGCAGUAUCACCAGUAGUACAUUUACCGUUAAUUCCCAUAAUUUCUCAUCUACAAUGUUUGUUUGGUUACCGUAAUUUCUGUUAAUGCAUUCAAUAUAUUACUAUUACAGUCUUUUACAGUUCUCAUUGUCGGAGUGGACAUGUUGUUUGCAGAGCACGCAACCUAGGCUACACUUGUGAGAAACAAGUUUUGGUUUAUUUCAUUUCAUUUAUGAGUUGUGAAUUCAUUCAUUGUGUUUAAUUUGAAGCGCUCCUGUCAAUGUUGAGUAAGGACAUGCACAUGAUUACGCAUAAAAGUAGGCCUGUGUGCAAAUGUAGGCUUUUGAAUGUGCCCAUUUGGGGAUCUGAUAGUAUUUCUGAUUGGCUUAACUCACCACCACUAAUGAGCUGUGGAGCUUCUCAAAGCAAUAAAUAAAUAAAAAGUAAACGAAGGCUGUUUUUAUCAAUUGAGAAUGACAAUAGUUCCUCAAUGUAGCCUAUUUGAAAAAUCUUUCCAGCUCCCUUUCGAUAACCACUCACGUGAAAGGGAAUAAAAUGUCAUGCUCUGAUCAUGUGGAAACGUAAUAAAAUGGGCCUACCUGAUUACUUCUUGUACCUUGUUCAAAUAGCCUACAGCUGUGUCUAUCCGGAGCUCACUGGUGUGGGUCCAGAAUAUGUUAUACAAUGUUGCAAGUUUGUUAGAGCAAGCUUGGGGCUGGACCAAGUUGAUAGUUAAUACAAUGUUUCAAGUUCCUUGCAGACAGGCCAUGCAUAGCCAAUGUGAUGUAUUUUUAUCAGGAUAUUUUCUACCUGCAGGCUGCAAUACUUUUAUUUGUUGGCUUUAUGUAGGCUAUUUUUACAAAGUUGGCAAUGGCAAUAGAAGUUACUUUUAGAUUUUGUAUAAUUUUCAUUUAUAUAGAAUUCUUAAUAAUCACAUGACAAUGAUUUUGAGAUACAAAGAAUUUAUUAUAAAAGAAAUGAAACUGUUCCACGAAAAUGUGCAUAUGAAAAUCAUAACUGGCACGCAGAUCGGUAGAAAUUGUAAGAUUAAAUUGGCACUCUAAAUGGAAAAGGUUGCUGACCCCUGGUGUAGCCUAUUACCAGCAACUUCGGGAGCGUAAUGGCAGAAUCUGUGAAGGCCAGCAGCAGCAGGAGGAGGUGGUUCAGGAUCAGGUUUUACUUCUUCUGGUUAGGCUAUCUUGAUCUCUAGCUCCCUCUUGAGUAAUGUGUGUGUCUUUAAUUAUUUAAUCACAGUGUGCUUAAAGCAUCAGACAGCUCUGUAGCCUACAUGUAGUUGAUUUUAUUAAACACAUAGGGCGUGUCUAUAUAUGGAAAAAUACUCGUUUAAAAAUUUCGACGAGUCAAUUGGUCGAAAGAACAGAUUACUUUUGUUGGGGACAACCCUACUGUAGUUGUUGUAAUGUAACGAUAGGACAAGAUGAACUAUGGCACAUUAGCUAGUACAUUUCCCAUAAAGUUGACACUUGAGAGAGCCCAGGCUGGCGUUAAAACCUAUAUCUCAAAAUAUAUUUUAAACAGGAAACCGAGGAGUCGUCUGAAGUAUAGGUUACUCCACGGAGGUGUAUAGGUUACUCCACGGAGGUGUAUAGGUUACUCCACGGAGGUGUAUAGGUUACUCCACGGAGGUGUAUAGGUUAUUCCACAGAGGUGUAUAGGUUACUCCACGGAGGUGUAUAGGUUACUCCACGGAGGUGUAUAGGUUAUUCCACAGAGGUGUAUAGGUUACUCCACGGAGGUGGGGAUUUUGCAUUAGCAAAAACAUGCAGCACAAGACCCCCUCGAAAGCAAGAUGGUACAUUUCAUAGGUACUGUCCUAAAAAUUCAAAUUAUAAAAACAAGUUACUCUCACUAACGUGUGCAGUAUUGAAUUGGAUUCUUGCAUGACUUGGGCAGUGGAUAGCAGGCGGCAUAGCACACAGGUCUCAACCACACAGAUCAAUGUUCUGCCAGAGAUGCAGACUGUUUCAGCGGCGUUGGCCGCUGUAUGUUGUAUUUAUGACAAGAUCUGGUUGGCCAGGCAGGCUUCAGACCUGAAUUCCAACUGGGGUUCUCUUUGCUCUCUUCUGAACGUCACUGUGUGUCACUGUGAGUCAGUGCGUAGUCGGGCCAUCCAAGCGAAAAAUCGCAUCAGGACCCCCUCCUCCCUCCCGUCCUCCUUGAUUUCCCCCCACGCUCCCCGUGCUCUCCCAGUGAUGCCCUGAUCAGCAGGUACCCUGUCGGCCCACAUCAGAAGGCUUGCUGCAUGGUACCUGGCUGUAGGUUUGAAUCAAACCACAAUCGAUGGGUACAUUUUUCACUCCUGGCCAUUCUGGAACCAGCCUUUUCUUAGAUUAAACUCUUAUGGUUUUAGGGUUUAUUUUUCCUGCUCUGUUUGAAGUGGGGGAUAAUAUUAUUUUGGAAAAGCGUUUCAUCUCUAAAAGGCUUGCUGAUUUAAAAACUGUGAGGGUCUGAGAGAUCCUCAAGGUGGUUACUGCUUCUCAUCUCUCGGCCUGGAAGUGUGUGUGUGAGAGAGAGAGAGCGAGAGGGUUCAUGGGUACAUUGGUGUAUGUGAGUUUGUGUGUGACUGUGCGGGGUGCUGUAGUGUACGUAAGUGUGUGUGUGUGUGUGCACGUUUGCGUGGGUUUGUGUCAACGUGCGUGUGUUUGUGUCCUUUAAGUGAGAUGUGGGUGCCAGGGGAGGUCUUAAAUUAAAUAAAUAUAGCUAUUUAAUACAGGAACACCACUGAAUGUGACCUUCCUGGUGUGAGAUUAAUUUGUAUUUGUGGGUUUGCAGUUACGUCACCCCUGCUAAAAUGAUAUUACCUUUAGUAGCGUAACCAAAUCGCACCCCUGCUUAGAUGAUAGUACCUUUUUAGUAGCAUAACCAAAGCAGCGUUCAACCUGAACUGCACUUAUUUCUCUCAUAGCACUGUUAGUAUUGAUCAUUUCUUAGAGACUAUGCUUGUUUUUUCAUGCUAUUAAAAAAAAAAAUCCUUUACUGUAUUGCCACUCACUCUGACAAAGGGGCCAUCAACUACAGGGCUAUGACAGGAGCUUGCUGUCUGUGAGGGUCUCGUCUCAUUCUCUGAUCCUCCACUCCAGGUCAGUGACGGACCCCCGGGAUGGAAAGCGAGUCGCCCUCAAAAAGAUGCCCAACGUCUUCCAGAACCUCGUCUCCUGUAAGAGGGUCUUCCGUGAGCUGAAAAUGCUGUGCUUCUUCAAACAUGAUAACGUGAGUGGAUGGCUAGCCUCCCUCCUCCCUCCCCUCUCUUGGUUUCUCCCUCUUUCCUUCUCUUCCCCCUGUCAUCUCCCACCCUCACCUCUUGCUCUCUGUCCUUUCCUACUCUCUAUUCUCUUUCUCUCUUUGAUCCCUCCCUCUCACUGUUCCCUCUCUCCCUCCCCUCCCUGCGGACGUGCCUGACCUCUCCUCUCCUCUCCACAGGUGCUCUCGGCUCUCGACAUCCUACAGCCUCCACACAUCGACUACUUUGAGGAAAUGUAUCCUUAACGAUGACACUGUGGCCAGUCUAUGUGGCCUGUAUUCAUCAAACCCCUUCCUUCCAGUCUCACAAUCGUAGGAGUUUAAAACCACCUCUUGCACAUAUUCCAUGCAAUUUUGUUUAAGCAGCUAUGUUAGCUAUCAGUGAAUCUCACCGACUGCUGGUUCCUUCCACAGAUUAAAGUGGACAGCCUUGUCUGCUGUAGAUUAAAUCUGACCUGGUUGUGUUGCAUUGUUUAGAUGGGAUGUCUUGUGUUGUGUCAUUGCUGCUAAAUGGGCUCAGCCCGUAUGGAGUCAGUCCAGAUCCAGUCUGAUCCUGCUGGAGAUUGUAGACUCCGAUUCAAGUCUUAUGCUACCUGCUGGAAGGCCCCUAUCAGAUUUAGAAAUUCUCUCUCUCGCUUAUGCCCAGUGAAGUCUAUGUCUGCUGGGGUUGUUAAAAUGGUGAGAUUUUUACUGACCUGUCUAAUUGACAUUAUUUUGGCUCCAGGAGUGACGAUUGGGGCGUGGGCGGAGACCGGAGGAAAGGAGCGGUGCUUGCUGAUUCAGUGGGAGAAAGAUGGGGGGGUGAUCUACUGGCAGGUGGCGUCUACCUCUUUCUCAGUCUUACGUCUUAUAGGUGGUUUGGGGGAGAGGGGGGUCUUUUGGCUGUUUGUUCACCCACCGCUAUCCCCCAUAUUGGUGCUCAUCAGUCGACAGCACUAUUAGUUGGGAUCUAGUGACUGACUGACUAACUGACUGGAAAAAGUCUCAACUACGUUUGGAAAAAGGAGUUGAGCCUGCUCCCAUUCUGCAUGUUCAAGGUGAAGGGAAAGGCACAAGCCUCUCACCGACACCUUUUUAGUUAUCUUUUCCUUGGCGCCCCAGCACAUAACUGCCUAAUGGUUUAUUUUGGGUGGAGGAGGAUGAGGAGGGAGGGAGUGUAAAAUGCUGACACGUCCCAUUUAGUUUCCUUUCGUAUUUCUAAUAUUUUCUUGAUGGGCUGGAAUUGGAGGAAUGAGGCUUGAGGCUUUCCGAGCUUUCUCUGUAAUCUAGCAUAUAAUUUAAUCAUACAAAUUACACGCUGCUCCCCUGUAUUGAACUGGCUCCCGGUCACUCAAUUUGCUCAUAUAAGCCCUUCACUAUAUUUCUAUUUUAGAUCUCUCUUAACCAAGUGGGCUUUCUUUGGUUCUGUCUUGGUAGUCUUUCUAGUGAAUUAUGAGAGAAAUUGAUCUCUUAUUAAAGAAAGAAAAGAAACAAAACCCCCAAAACCCAGAACCCACUUAGCUGAGAGAUGUAUUUACCUCUGUAUUUUUUGCCGUUGCUCAUUCGGCAGAGUGAUUAUUCUUUGCUCUUAAUUGUGUGACAUUCUGCUGCUUUUGGACUCGCUUUUAAGCACACAAUGGAAGCCCCUAAUGAGUGUACUGUAUAGCAGCAUUUCUCUGUGUGCUUUUUGAUACUAGAAUAAACAACAACUAGAAUAUAUGCUGUGCUCUCGCCUGCAUGACAAGUUGUGCCUUUGAGAGUGUUAGGGGGAGUGGUGGCAUAUUGUACUCAGGCAGCGGUGUAUUUGAAGGCUCUCUCUUUCUCUCUCGCUCUCGCUCUCUGUGUCUCUCUUCCUCUCUCUCGCUCCCUGUCUUUCUCUCUGUCUUUCUCUCUCUUUCUCUCUCUCUUUCUGUCUCUCUGUCUCGCUCUCUCUUUCUCUCUCUCUUUCUCUCUCUCAUUCUCUCUCUCUCUCUCUGUGCCCCUUUUUCUCCACUUUCCCUUUGCUUAUGUACAUGUUUAUGAAUCCAAUCAAUUAGUAUAUUUCUGUAUUUUUCUUUUUUAUUUAAGUGAGAAACGACAUUCACGUUUUUGUUUAGUAGCGUAACACUAAAGCUAGGAAUAAAUCAGAGAGUGUUGUUGGCAGUUAUGGGUCCUUCAGGCAUAAGGGUUGGCGCUUGGAGGGGUAGGACUCAGGUCUCUGUGAUGUAACUAUCCUGUUCUGUGUAUAUCCUGGGGGGCACACACACGUGUACACACACACACACACACACCAGUGGCGGUCGGUGCCGUUUAAGAUGAGGGAGGACAAUUUUAUUUAAUUUUUAAUACAGCAUAUUGGAUGACUGUCAUUCAUAUUCCAUUCACCCAGUUCAAUGUAACAGCGAUAGGUUUAGGCUACUACAUGAUACUCACAUUUUCUCUAUACCCAUCAUGAGGUUGCUAGAACCUAGCCUAUGAAUGGUUUACAACGUAGGUGCACACAUAUCGAGAGAAAAAAUUGAGGUGACAGACAGUAACACAUGGACAGACAGUGACACAUUCAAUACCGCCUUGCACACUCUUGCUUGCAUCUAGCUGAUCUAGGGUGUAAUCAUUAGUCCAAUAGUUGCAAACGAGAGUUUCUAUUGGACAAAUUCAGGUAUGUUUAUCCCUGUUUCGUUCCGUUUGCUUCCGUUUAAGAAACGUUUUUCAACAGAAUCGGCGGAACGAAUACACCCCUGAUCACACGUAAACAGUUUGGUAUUUGGUAUUUUAUUAGGAUCCCCAUUAGCUGUUGCAAAGGCAGCAGCUACUCUUCCUGUGGUCCACACAAAACCUGAAAUAAUACAGAACAUUAAUAGACAAGAACAGCUCAAGGACAGAACUACAUACAUUAUUUUUAAAGGCACACAUAGCCUACAUAUCAAUACGUACACGUAUUAACUAUCUAGGUCAAAUAGGGGAGAGGCAUUGUGCCGUGAGGUAUUGCUUUAUCUGGUUUUUGAAACCAGGUUUGCUUUUUAUUUGAGCAAUAUGAGAUGGAACGGAGUUCCAUGCAAUAAUGGCUCCAUAUAAUACUGUACGCUUUCUUGAAUUUGUUCUGGAUUUGGGGACUGUGAAAAGACCCCUGGUGGCAUGUCUGGUGGGGUAAGUGUGUGUGUCAGAGCUGUGUGUAAGUUCAAUAUGCAAACAAUUUGGGAUUUUCAACACAUUAAUGUUUCUUAUAAAAAGAAGAAGUGAUGCAGUCAGUAUCUCCUCAACUCUUAGCCAAGAGAGACUGGCAUGCAUAGUAUUUAUAUCAGCCCUCUGAUUACAAUGAAGAGCAAGACGUGCCGCUCUGUUUUGGGCCAGCUGCAGCUUAACUAGGUAUUUCUUUGCCGCACUGGACCAAAUGACUGGACAAUAAUCAAGAAUAGACAAAACCAGAGCUUGCAGAUCUUGCUUUUUGGAGUGUGGUGUCAAAGUUCACUUUCAUAGCAGCCACGUUGUAUUCCUUCUCGCAUUUACAUUUUACAUUUCAGUCCUUUAGCAGACGCUCUUACCCAGAGUGACUUACAGUUAGUGAGUGCAUACAUUUUCAUACUGGCCCCCCCGUGGGAAACAAACCCAUCUAUGCGCUCUCCUCCUCUCACAUUUUCCCUUUGCUUGUGAACUUCAAUGCACAACACAUCAUGUGACCAGGUGAAAAAACCUUUCCAAGCCAAACCAUAUCAUAACUGCUACACACAGCCUACAUCGUUAUCACCAUAUUUGCUAAAGUAACGGCAUAAGUCAACAUAGCUAAUAGAACUAACGCAUUAGUAAACCCGCUACAAUCAUGCAGUAACGUUACAGUGUACAGUCAGUAAGCAUUUUAGAACUAACACCUGCGGGCCCUUGUGCCAAUAAAUUAGUAAAACCAAACGCUUACCUUGACUUGGAAGUCAUAGCUAGCUAGCUAACAUAGCAUCCCUCUUUUUGAGCAGAGUGUUUGAGUAGGCUAAACUAGCUAGCUGCAUUUGCUAGCUAAGUAAGUGAAACUGAAAGUGAUUUUUUACGAAAUCUCUCUCUCUCUUACUUCUCCUUCAUUUUGGAAGAAAUGUAUUUGUUCAAAACUGUUCAACUAUUGUCUUUCUCUCUCUUUGAGUCAACUACUCACCACAUGUUAUGCACUACAGUGCUAGCUAGCUGUAACUUAUGCUUUCAGUACUAGAUUCAUUCUCUGAUCCUUUGAUUGGGUGGACAACAUGUCAGUUCAUUCUGCAAGAGCUCUGAUAGGUUGGAGGACGUCCUCCGGAAGUUGUCAUAAUUACUGUGUAAGUCCAUGGAAGGGGGUGAGAACCAUGACCCUCCUAGGUUUUGUAUUGAAGUCAAUGUACCCAGAGGAUGACGGAAGCUAGCUGUCCUCCAGCUAAACCAUGGUGCUACCCUACAGAGUGAUGUUGAGGCUACUGUAGACCUUCAUUGCAAACAGUGUGUUUUAAUCAAUUAUUAUAAUAUAUUUAGUAUAGUUUUAUCUAAAAAGGGUAACUUUUUAAAUGUUUUACAAUUUUUAUUUUUAUGAAAUUCACUGAGGAGCAUGGUCAUCCACUUCCUCUGAGGAGCCUCCACUGACACACACACACACACACACACACACACACACACACACACACACACACACACACACACACACACACACACACACACUACUCUGCUGCUGCUUGCAUCCUGCAAAGGAUGAAGGCAGCCAUUAUGGAUGCAUGUGUAUGUAAGGGUCAGGGCUCAUUGGUAGCACUGGUGCUCCCAACUUAAAAACGUUAGGAGCACCACAUGAAGUUUAGGAGCACCAGAAAAUAAGUUAAAAAAUUGUUUUAAUUUAGAUACAGCCUAUAUGAAUUGUAGAUACUUUUGAAGCACAUGUUGUGCCAUAGAAAAUAAUAUGUUAUACUGUAAAGACAUUAAUUUAUUAGAAAAGCUAAAAUGUUGAUAUGAAUACCUGUCAUUGAAAUUACAAAGUAAUUUGUGGAAUAUUAGGUAGUGGGCGUGUGGAAAGGAGUGGGUGUGUGGAAAGCGCUCUGCUAGAGGUUUCUUUUUCUUCUGUUUCAUUAUUAUUAUUUCCCCCUUCUGAUAACCAGGUGGCGAAUCGCAUCUCUGCAUGUCUGGCAGACAUAUCAGUAUGGAUGACGGACCAUCACCUCAAGCUGAACCUUGGCAAGACGGAGCUGCUCUUCCUCCCGGGGAAGGACUGCCCGUUCCAUGAUCUCGCCAUCACGGUUGACAACUCCGUUGUGUCCUCCUCCCAGAGUGCGAAGAGCCUUGGCGUGACCCUGGACAACACCCUGUCGUUCUCCGCUAACAUCAAGGCGGUGACCCGAUCCUGUAGGUUCAUGCUCUACAACAUUCGGAGAGUACGACCCUGCCUUACACAGGAAGCGGCACAGGUCCUAAUCCAGGCACUUGUCAUCUCCCGUCUGGAUUACUGCAACUCGCUGUUGGCUGGGCUCCCUGCCUGUGCCAUUAAACCCCUACAACUCAUCCAGAAUGCCGCAGCCCGUCUGGUGUUCAACCUUCCCAAGUUCUCUCACGUCACCCCGCUCCUCCGCACACUACACUGGCUUCCAGUUGAAGCUCGCAUCUGCUACAAGACCAUGGUGCUUGCCUACGGAGCUGUGAGGGGAACGGCACCUCCGUACCUUCAGGCUCUGAUCAGUCCCUACACCCAAACGAGGGCAUUGCGUUCAUCCACCUCUGGCCUGCUGGCUCCCCUACCUCUGCUGAAGCACAGUUCCCGCUCAGCCCAGUCAAAACUGUUCGCUGCUCUGGCACCCCAAUGGUGGAACAAGCUCCCUCACGACGUCAGGACAGCGGAGUCACUCACCACCUUCCGGAGACAUUUGAAACCCCACCUCUUUAAGGAACACCUGGGAUAGGAUAAAGUAAUCCUUCUACAAACCGUUUUUGCUGUAGUAAUGGUGCAAAUCUUUUUCUCUAGGCCACUUGGAAAUAACAGUACAGUGAAGCCUUAUCAUUACAACAAUUAUUAUCUGGGAGAUGUUUUUCCCAGUCGCACAGUGCUCCCAAAGUAAGUAAGCAUUUCACUGUAAUGUCUGCACCUGUUGUAUUCGGCGCAUGUGGCCAAUAAAAUUUGAUUUGAUUUGAAGUAAAACUCAAAUCAAAUGUAUUUGUCACGUGCUUCGUAAACAACAGGUGUAGACAAACAGGGAAAUGCUUAUUUACGUGCCCUUCCCAACAAUGCAGAGAGAAAAAUAAUAGAAAGAUAAUAAAACAAGGAAUAAAUACACAAUGAUUAAUGAUAAUUUGGAUAUAUACACAGGGUACCAGUACCAAGUUGAUGUGCAGGGGUACGAGGUAAUUGAGGUAGAUAUGUACAUAUAGGUAGGGGUUAAGUGACUAGGCAACAGGAUAGAUAAUAGGCAGUAGCAGCAGCGUAUGGAUUGAGUCAAAAGAGUUACUGCAAAGGGGGGGGGGGUCAAUGCAGAUAGUCCGUGUAGCGAUUUGGUUUACUAUUUAGCAGUCUUAUGGCAUGGGGGAAGAAGCUGUUCAGGGUCCUGUAGGUUCCAGACUUGGUGUAUCGGCACCGCUUGCCGUGUGGUAGCAGAGAGAACAGUCUAUGACUUUGGUGGCUGGAGUCUUUGACAAUUUUUAGGACCUUCCUCUGACACCACCUGGUAUAGAGGUCCUGGAUGGCAAGGAGCUCGGCUCCAGUGAUGUACUGGGCCGUUCGGACUACCCUCUGUAGCAUCUUGCGGUCGGAUGCCAAGCAGUUGCCAUACCAAGCGGUGAUGCAGCCAGUCAAGAUGCUUUCAAUGGUGCAGUUGUAAAACUUUUUGAGGAUCUGAGGGCCCAUGCCAAAUCUUUUCAGCCUCCUGAGGGGGAAGAGGCCAUUGUCGUGCCUUCUUCACAACUGGGUUGGUGUGUGUGGGGGUGGGGGGUGACAGCUAGUCUUACUGGGGUUCGACACAUAACGGAAAAAAAUAAUACAGACAAAAAUACUUUACAAUUUAGAUACAUUUAAAAUCAUUAACGUAGAUAUUACAACUAGGUCAGAUAGGGGAGAGGCGUUGUGAGGUGUUGUUUUAUUUGUUUUUUUAAAGCAAAUUUUGCUGUUUGCUUGAGUAAUUUCAGAUGGAAGGGAGUUCCAUGUGAUCAUUACUCUAUAUAAUACUGUGGGUUGCCUUGAAUUCCUUCUGGAUUUGGGCACUGUGAAGAGACUCCUAGUGGAAUGUCUGGUGGAGUAGGUAUGUCUUUCAGAGCUAUAUGUAAGUUGAAUAUACAGACAGUUUGGAAAUGUCAAUACAAUAAUAUUUGCUGCACUUGACCAUAUUACCAGACAGUAAUCAAGAUGGGACAAGACCAGAGCUUGAACAACUAGUACAGUUGAAUUGUGUCAAAAACGCAGAACAUCUUUUUAUAACAGACAUAGCCCUCACCAUCUACACAACAACUUUGUCAAUAUGACUUGACCAUGAUAAUUGACCAUCCAAUGUUAUACCUAGGAGUUCCUCAACUUGUUCAAUGGUCACACCAUUUCUACACAACUCCAGUUGAGGUUUAGGUUUUAGAGAAUGUUUUAAAACAAAUACAAUGCUUUUAGUUUUAGCUGUAUUUAUGACCAGUUUAUUAUUAAUCCCCUAUUCUGAUACUGACUGUAACUCCUUAUUUAGAAUUUCAGUGAGCUCACUGGCUUUGGGUGCUGACAUGUAGUGUGUAAUCAUCCGCAUACAUAAACUCGGCAAAAAAAGAAACGUCCUCUCACUGUCAACUGCGUUUAUUUUCAGCAAACUUAACAUGUGUAAAUAUUUGUAUGAACAUAACAAGAUUCAACAACUGAGACAUAAACUGAACAAGUUCCACAGACAUGUGACUAACAGAAAUUGAAUAAUGUGUCCCUGAACAAAGGGAGGGUCAAAAUCAAAAGUAAGUCAGUAUCUGGUGUGGCCACCAGCUGCAUUAAGUACUGCAGUGCAUCUCCUACUCAUGGACUGCACCAGAUUUGCCAGUUCUUGCUGUGAGAUGUUACCCCACUCUUCCACCAAGGCACCUGCAAGUUCCCAGAAAUUUCUGGGGGGAAUGGCCCUAGCCCUCACCCUCCGAUCCAACAGAUCCCAGACAUGCUCAAUGGGAUUGAGAUCCGGGCCCUUUGCUGGCCAUGGCAGAACACUGACAUUCUUGUCUUGCAGGAAAUCACGCACAGAACGAGCAGUAUGGCUGGUGGCAUUGUCAUGCUGGAGGGUCAGGAUGAGCCUGCAGGAAGGGUACCACAUGAGGGAGGAGGAUGUCUUUCCUGUAACGCACAGCGUUGAGAUUGCCUGCAAUGACAACAAGCUCAGUCCGAUGAUGCUGUGACACACCGCCCCAGACCAUGACGGACCCUCCACCUCCAAAUCGAUCCCGCUCCAGAGUACAGGCCCCGGUGUAACGCUCAUUCCUUCGACGAUAAACGCGAAUCCGACCAUCACCCCUGGUGAGACAAAACCGUGACUCGUCAGUGAAGAGCACUUUUUGCCAGUCCUGUCUGGUCCAGCGACGGUGGGUUUGUGCCCAUAGGCAACGUUGUUGCCGGUGAUGUCUUGUGAGGACCUGCCUUACAACAGGCCUACAAGCCCUCAGUCCAGCAUCUCUCAGCCUGUUGCGGACAGUCUGAGCACUGAUGGAGGGAUUGGGCGUUCCUGGUGUAACUCGGGCAGUUGUUGUUGCCAUCCUGUACCUGUCCCGCAGGUGUGAUGUUCGGAUGUACCGAUCCUGUGCAUGUGUUGUUACACGUGGUCUGCCACUGCGAGGACGAUCAGCUGUCCAUCCUGUCUCUCUGUAGCGCUGUCUUAGGUGUCUCACAGUACGAACAUUGCAAUUUAUUGCCCUGGUCACAUCUGCAGUCCUCAUGCCUCCUUGCAGAAUGCCUAAGGCACGUUCACGCAGACGAGCAGGGACCCUGGGCAUCUUUCUUUUGGUGUUUUUCAGUCAGUAGAAAGGCCUCUUUGGUGUCCUAAGUUUUCAUAACUGUGACCUUAACUGCCUACCGUCUGUAAGCUGUUAGUGUCUUAACGACCGUUCCACAAUUGUUUAUGGUUCAUUGAACAAGCAUGGGAAACAGUGUUUAAACCCUUUACAAUGAAGAUCUGUGAAGUUAUUUGGAUUUUUACAAAUUAUCUUUGAAAGACAGGGUCCUGAAAAAGGGACGUUUCUUUUUUUGCUGAGUUUAUUAUCCUGCUGAAAUGUCUUAAUGAAAUACAGAGUCUGGAAAUGGGUGGCAAAUCUGAAUAGCCUCUCUAGCUCGGAGUAGUGUGGUGUGUUUGACUGAGGACUGACUGCAUCCAUGUGUCAGAUAUAGUGAGUCAUUUGCUGUUCUGGAAGUGACUGUACCUAUUUUAGUAUUAAGAUCUCUGCUGAAGUUGCUUGUGUGCAUGUAUGAAUGAGAGAGAGCGAGAGAUCUGACACACCCCUUCUGUCUUUGUGUGUGUGCAUGUGUUUUUAUUAAGCUCCCACGACGGAGUAAUGUAGGCUGGUGUGGGCUCCGUCUUGGUCUGCUCUGUCAGAACAGUAAUAUGAAGACCAAGAGAGUUUUCAUCUAUAUUUUUCAUAGCUGUCUAUUUACCACCACAAACCAAUGCUGGCAUUAAGAUUGCACUGAAUGAGUUGUACAAGGCCAUAAAUCAACAGGAAAACGCUCAUCCAGAUGCAGCGCUCCUAGUGGCCGGGGACAUUAAUGCAGGGAAACUUAAAUCCGUUCUACCUAAUUUCUACCAGCAUGUUAAAUGUGCAACCAGAGGAAAAAAAACUCUAGACCACCUUUACUCCACACACAGAGACGCAUACAAAGCUCUCCCUCGCCCUCCAUUUGGCAAAUCUGACCAUAACUCUAUCCUCCUGAUUCCUGCUUAUAAGCAAAAACUAAAGCAGGAAGCACCAGUGACUCGGUUAAUAAAAAAGUGGUCAGAUGACGCAGAUGCUAAGCUACAGGACUGUUUUGCUAGCACAGACUGGAACAUGUUCCGGGAUUCUUCAGACAGCAUUGAGGAGUACACCACAUCAGUCACUGGCUUCAUCAAUAAGUGCAUCGAUGAUGUCGUCCCCACAGUGACCGUACGUACAUACCCCAACCAGAAGCCAUGGAUUACAGGAAACAUCCGCACUGAGCUAAAGGGUAGAGCUGCCGCUUUCAAGGAAUGGGACUCUAACCCGGACGCUUAUAAGAAAUCCCGCUAUGCCCUCCGACGAACCAUCAAACAGGCAAAGAGUCAAUACAGGACUAAGAUUGAAUCGUACUACACUGGCUCUGACGCUCGUCGGAUGUGGCAGGGCUUGAAAACUAUUACAGACUACAAAGGGAAGCACAGCCGCGAGCUGCCCAGUGACACAAGCCAACCAGACGAGCUAAACCACUUCUAUGCUCGCUUCGAGGCAAGCAACACUGAAGCAUGCAUGAGAGCACCAGCUGUUCCGGAUGACUAUGUGAUCACGCUCUCCGUAGCCGAUGUGAGUAAGACUUUUAAGCAGGUCAACAUUCACAAGGCCGCAGGGCCAGACGGGUUACCAGGACGUGUACUCCGAGCAUGUGCUGACCAACUGGCAAGUGUCUUCACUGACAUUUUCAACAUGUCCCUGACUGAGUCUGUAAUACCAACAUGUUUCAAGCAGACCACCAUAGUCCCCGUGCCCAAGGACUCUAAGAUAACCUACCUAAAUGACUACCGACCCGUAGCACUGACGUCUGUAGCCAUGAAGUGCUUUGAAAGGCUGGUCAUGGCUCACAUCAACAGCAUUAUCCCAGAAACCCUAGACCCACUCCAAUUUGCAUACCGCCCCAACAGAUCCACAGAUGAUGCAAUCUCUAUUGCACUCCACACUGCCCUUUCCCACCUGGACAAGAGGAACACCUACGUGAGAAUGCUAUUCAUUGACUACAGCUCAGCAUUCAACACCAUAGUGCCCUCUAAGCUCAUCACUAAGCUAAGGAUCCUGGGACUAAACACCUCCCUCUGCAACUGGAUCCUGGACUUCCUGACGGGCCGCCCCCAGGUGGUAAGGGUAGGUAACAACACAUCUGCCACACUGAUCCUCAACACGGGGGCCCCUCAGGGGUGCGUGCUCAGUCCCCUCCUGUACUCUCUGUUCACCCAUGACUGCAUGGCCAGGCACGACUCCAACACCAUCAUUAAGUUUGCCGACGACACAACAGUGGUAGGCCUGAUCACCGACAACGAUGAGACAGCCUAUAGGGAGGAGGUCAGAGACCUGGCCUUGUGGUGCCAGGACAACAACCUCUCCCUCAACGUGACCAAGACAAAGGAGAUGAUUGUGGACUACAGAAAAAAAAAGAGGACUGAGCACGCCCCCAUUCUCAUCGACGGGGCUGUAGUGGAACAGGUUGAGAGCUUCAAGUUCCUUGGUGUCCACAUCACCAACGAACUAUCAUGGUCCAAACACACCAAGACAGUCGUGAAGAGGGCACGACAAAGCCUAUUCCCCCUCAGGAGACUGAAAAGAUUUGGCAUGGGUCCUCAGAUCCUCAAAAAAUUAUACAGCUGCACCAUCGAGAGCAUCCUGACUGGUUGCAUCACCGCCUGGUAUGGCAACUGCUUGGCCUCCGACCGCAAGGCACUACAGAGGGUAGUGCGUACGGCCCAGUACAUCACUGGGGCCAAGCUUCCUGCCAUCCAGGACCUCUAUACCAGGAGGUGUCAGAGGAAGGCCCUCAAAAUUGUCAAAGACUCCAGCCACCCUAGUCAUAGACUGUUCUCUCUGCUACCGCACGGCAAGUGGUACCGGAGUGCCAAGUCUAGGUCCAAAAGACUUCUCAACAGCUUCUACCCCCAAGCCAUAAGACUCCUGAACAGCUAAUCAUGGCUACCCGGACUAUUUGCACUGCCCCCCCCACCCCAUCCUUUUUACGCUGCUGCUACUCUGUUAAUUAUUUAUGCAUAGUCACUUUAACUCUACCCACAUGUACAUAUUACCUCAACUACCUCAACUAGCCGGUGCCCCCGCACAUUGACUCUGCAACGGUACCCCCCUGUAUAUAUAGCCUCCCUACUGUUAUUUUAUUUUACUUCUGCUCUUUUUUUCUCAACACUUUUUUUGUUGUUGUUAUAUUUUUACUUUUUUUGUUAAAAAGAAAUGCACUGUUGGUUAAGGGCUGUAAGUAAGCAUUUCACUGUAAUGUCUGCACCUGUUGUAUUCGGCGCAUGUGACCAAUAAAAUUUGAUUUGAUUUGAUUUGAAUGUAAUCUCCAGAGAUCUACACGCUGGUUAUUAUGUAGAGGGGUUGUUUUUAAUCAUGUAGCAUAUUAAAGUGAAUACACUUACCUCACCUUGCCAACUUGUGUGUUUACAUGAGUACUUUGCCUUUUCCUCCCUCUCCUCUCUUCUGUGGGUUAGUCAUGCAGGGUGGGGGAGGGGUGACACCCUGACAUACAGCAGACCCCAGGUGCCUCUCUGCCACUUCCCACUUCUCGGAUGCGUUGGUUGGCAUAGUAACAGGUACAGUGAGGGAAAAAAGUAUUUGAUCCCCUGCUGAUUUUGUAUGUUUGCCCACUGACAAAGAAAUGAUCCGUCUAUAAUUUUAAUGGUAGGUUUAUUUGAACAGUGAGAGACAGAAUAACAACAAAAAAAUCCAGAAAAACGCAUUUCAAAAAUGUUAUAAAUUGAUUUGCAUUUUAAUGAGGGAAAUAAGUAUUUGACCCCCUCUCAAUCAGAAAGAUUUCUGGCUUCCAGGUGACUUUUAUACAGGUAACGAGCUGAGAUUAGGAGCACACUCUUAAAGGGAGUGCUCCUAAUCUCAGCUUGUUACCUGUAUAAAAGACACUUGUCCACAGAAGCAAUCAAUCAAUCAGAUUCCAAACUCUCCACCAUGGCCAAGACCAAAGAGCUCUCCAAGGAUGUCAGGGACAAGAUUGUAGACCUACACAAGGCUGGAAUGGGCUACAAGACCAUCGCCAAGCAGCUUGGUGAGAAGGUGACAACAGUUGGUGCGAUUAUUCGCAAAUGGAAGAAACACAAAAUAACUGUUAAUCUCCCUCUGCCUGGGGCUCCAUGCAAGAUCUCACCUCGUGGAGUUGCAAUGAUCAUGAAAACAGUGAGGAAUCAACCCAGAACUACACGGGAGGAUCUUGUCAAUGAUUUCAAGGCAGCUGGGACCAUAGUCACCAAGAAAACAAUUGGUAACACACUACGCCGUGAAGGACUGAAAUCCUGCAGCGCCUGCAAGGUCCCCCUGCUCAAGAAAGCACAUAUACAGGCCCGUCUGAAGUUUGCCAAUGAACAUCUCAAUGAUUCAGAGGAGAACUGGGUGAAAGUGUUGUGGUCAGAUGAGACCAAAAUCGAGCUCUUUGGCAUCAACUCAACUCGCCGUGUUUGAGGGAGGAGGAAUGCUGCCUAUGACCCCAAGAACACCAUCCCCACCGUCAAACAUGGAGGUGGAAACAUUAUGCUUUGGGGGUGUUUUUCUGCUAAAGGGACAGGACAACUUCACCGCAUCAAAGGGACGAUGGACGGGGCCAUGUACCGUCAAAUCUUGGGUGAGAACCUCCUUCCCUCAGCCAGGGCAUUGAAAAUGGGUCGUGGAUGGGUAUUCCAGCAUGACAAUGACCCAAAACACAAGGCCAAGGCAACAAAGGAGUGGCUCAAGAAGAAGCACAUUAAGGUCCUGGAGUGGCCUAGCCAGUCUCCAGACCUUAAUCCCAUAGAAAAUCUGUGGAGGGAGCUGAAGGUUCGAGUUGCCAAACGUCAGCCUCGAAACCUUAAUGACUUGGAGAAGAUCUGCAAAGAGGAGUGGGACAAAAUCCCUCCUGAGAUGUGUGCAAACCUGGUGGCCAACUACAAGAAACGUCUGAUCUCUGUGAUUGCCAACAAGGGUUUUGCCACCAAGUACUAAGUCAUGUUUUGCAGAGGGGUCAAAUACUUAUUUCCCUCAUUAAAAUGCAAAUCAAUGUAUAACAUUUUGUUGUUAUUCUGUCUCUCACUGUUCAAAUAAACCUACCAUUAAAAUUAUAGACUGAUCAUGUCUUUGUCAGUGGGCAAACGUACAAAAUCAGCAGGGGAUCAAAUACUUUUUUCCCUCACUGUAACCAGAGCCCUCUGGGUGUGUGUUCAGCACCAAGUCAAAGGGGAAUGAUUGCUCAAUAGGUGGGCAGGCCAGAGAUGCCAUAGCCUACACAGACUAACCCAACUAAAGUCUAUACACACAAUAAUACUGGAGCUUCAGUGUAGAAAUAUAUACCUAGCUACCUCAGUCCUCAGGGAUCUACCCUUUAUAUAUGUUGCCCACUCCAUUCUUGUUAUAAAAUGAGUAGUAGAAACUGAUCCCCAGUUUCCAACCCAUUCCUCUCAUAGGUUACUCUGCUCCAUCUCCAUCACUCCUCUGAAUGUCCAGUGGCUGGUGUUCUGUCUCUCUCGCUCUCUCACCAUCAAUCAGGGCAUGCCUUUUUACCCGGAGAAAGAGAGAGACUUGUAAUUGUCACCACAGCAGCACAGCAGAGAGAGAGUCAACCACCACCGUGCGAGCAUGGGCCUCAGAGGAAAGAGUGUAGUUUGCAUUUCAGCGGAGCAAUCAAGCAUGCAGAUGAUUUGCAUGAGGCUAAUUAUACAGUAUUAGAGACAGGGAAAAAGUAAUAUAUUCCCUGCCUUGUCACUGAUACAAUUGAGGGACUCCUUCUUCUGGGCUUUUCUGGGUUAUUGCCUGACAAUUUGGCAAUUGGUAAUGGUGAGUUGUUUCAUACAUGAAUUGUCAGAAUACUUUACCUAUUGCGUGGGAUUUUACGAUUAUUAUGGAAAAUAUGUUGUCAUUAUUAGUCAUCGUCACUUUGAGAUGCAUAGCUAAAUAUAAUUUGCUCCCAAUUUGGCGUGGCUCUAAAUUUAGACCAAUGUAACAAAACAUGAAUUAUUAAUAAACGUUUAAGGCUAUACCCCGCAUGUCUCUUGCUGAAGAAGACAUACACACAAUGUAUAUAUAAUAUAUAAAAUGCUGUCGGUGAGAUGCCGAGUGGUAAUUAAGCGUUUAGAUUUAUCAAGCAGAAAGCAAGCAUCUGGAGCCGUGCCGAGGCCAGAUAGAUGGAUCCUUAGCCCCUGGGCCUCAUGUUCUCAACUGUGGUGUGGCCGGUUGGCACUUCUCUUCUCCAUGUGUGAGAGACGCUAGCAGAGAGGGGAUGGGAUAGUAGUAUGCAAGGCAGAGGCCUUGUGAUAGACAGAGGGAGGGAGUGAAGGAAGGAGUGUUAAAGGAAGGAGUGUUUAAGGGAGAGGCCUUGUGAUGGAGAGAGGGAAGGAGUCUGUGAGGCGAGUGAUAAAAGACUGAGGGAGUGGUGAAGGGUUAAGGCACAUGUAUAUGUAGUAAUGUAUGUACAGUACAUUCAGAAAGUAUUCAGACCCCUACACUUUUUCCACAUUUUGUUACGUUACAGCCUUAUUCUAAAAUGGAUUUAAAAAAUAUACCCUUAUCAAUCUACACACAACACCCCAUAAUGACAAAGCAAAAACAGGUUUUUAGAAAUGUUUGCAAUUUAAAAAACAAACGAAAAAAAUCACAUUUACAUAAGUAUUCAGACCUUUACUCAGUACUUUGUUGAAGCACCUUUGGCAGCUAUUACAGCCUCGACUCCUCUUGAGUAUGACGCUACAAGCUUGGCUGGCACACCUGUAUUUGGGGAGUUUGCUGAUUCUUCUCUGCAGAUCCUCUCAAGCGCUGUCAGGAUGGAUGGGGAGCGUCGCUGCACAGCUAUUUUCAGGUCACUCCAGAGAUGUUCGAUCGGGUUCAAGUCCGGGCUCUGGCUGGGCCACUCAAGGACAUUCAGAGACUUGUCCCAAAGCCACUCCUGCGUUGUCUUGGCUGUGUGCUUAGGGUCGUUGUCCUGUUCGAAGGUGAGCGCUCUGGAGCAGGUUUUCAUCAAGGAUCUCUCUGUACUUUGCUCCGUUCAUCUUUCCCUCGAUCCUGACUAGUCUCCCAGUCCCUGCCGCUGAAAAACAUCCCCACAGCAUGAUGCUGCCACCACCAUGCUUCACCGUAGGGAUGGUGCCAGGUUUCGUCCAGACGUGACUCUUGGCAUUCAGGUCAAAGAGUUCAAUCUUGGUUUCAUCAGACCAGAGAAUCUUGUUUCUCAUGGUCUGAGAGUCCUUUAGGUGCCUUUUACUGAGAAGUAUUUGUAUUUGUAUUUAUUAUGGAUCAAGGCAGUAGCUACUCUUCCUGGGGCCAGCAAAAUUAAGGCAGUUUAUACAAUUUUGAAAACAUUACAAUAUAUUCACAGAUUUCACAACACAUUGUGUGCCCUCAGGCCCCUACUCCACCACUACUACAUACAGUUGAAGUCGGAAGUUUGCAUACACUUUAGCCAAAUACAUUAGUUUUUCACAAUUCCUGACAUUUAAUCCUAGUAAAAAUUCCCUGUCUUAGGUCAGUUAGGAUCAACACUUUUAUUUUAAGAAUGUGAAAUGUCAGAAUAAUAGUAGAGAGAAUGAUUUAUUUCAGCUUUUAUUUAUUUCAUCACAUUCCCAGUGGGUCAGAAGUUUACAUACACUCAAUUAGUAUUUGGUAGCAUUGCCUUUAAAUUGUUUAACUUGGGUCAAAAGUUUCGGGUAGCCUUCCACAAGCUUCCCACAAUAAGUUGGGUGAAUUUUGGCCCAUUCCUCCUGACAGAGCUGGUGUAACUGAGUCAGGUUUGUAGGCCUCCUUGGUCGCACACGCCUUUUCAGUUCUGCCCACACAUUGUCUAUAGGAUUGAGGUCAGGGCUUUGUGAUGGCCACUCCAAUACCUUGACUUUGUUGUCCUUAAGCCAUUUUGCUACAACUUUGGAAGUAUGCUUGGGGUCAUUGUCCAUUUGGAAGACCCAUUUGCGACCAAGCUUUAACUUCCUGACUGAUGUCUUGAGAUGUUGCUUCAAUAUAUCCACAUCAUUUUCCUUCCUCAUGAUGCCAUCUAUUUUGUGAAGUGCCCCAGUCCCUCCUGCAGCAAAGCACCCCCACAGCAUGAUGCUGCCACCCCCAUGCUUCACGGUUGGGAUGGUGUUCUUUGGCUUGCAAGCAACCCCCUUUUUCCCCAAAAAAUAACAAUGGUCUUUAUGGCCAAACAGUUCUAUUUUUGUUUCAUCAGACCAGAGGACAUUUCUCCAAAAAGUACGAUCUUUGUCCCCAUGUGCAGUUGCAAACCAUAGUCUGGCUUUGUUAUGGAGGUUUUGGAGCAGUGGCUUCUUCCUUGCUGAGCGGCCUUUCAGGUUAUGUCGAUAUAGGACUCGUUUUACUGUGGAUAUAGAUACUUUUGCACCUGUUUCCUCCAGCAUCUUCACAAGGUCCUUUGCUGUUCUGGGAUUGAUUUGCACUUUUCACACCAAAGUACGUUCAUCUCUAGGAGACAGAACGCGUCUCGUUCCUGAGCGGUAUGACGGCUGCGUGGUCCCAUGGUGUUUAUACUUGCGUACUAUUGUUUGUACAGAUGAACGUGGUACCUUCCGGCGUUUGGAAAUUGCUCCCAAGGUAGAACCAGACUUGUGGAGGUCUACAAUUUAUUUUCUGAGGUCUUGGCUGAUUUCUUUGGAUUUUCCCAUGAUGUCAAGCAAAGAGGCACAGAGUUUGAAGAUAGGCCUUGAAAUACAUCGACAGGUACACCUCCAAUUGACUCAAAUGAUGUCAAUUAGCCUAUCAGAAGCUUCUAAAGCCAUUCCAUUUUCUGGAUUUUUCCAAGCUGUUUAAAGGCACAGUCAAUUUAGUGUAUUUAAACUUCUGACCCACUGAAAUUGUGAUACAGUGAAUUAUAAGUGAAAUAAUCUGUCUGUAACAAUUUUUGGAAAAAUGACUUGUGUCAUGUACAAAGUCGAUGCUGCAGAAAUGUUUUGGUACCCUUCCACAAAUCUGUGCCUCGUCACAAUCCUGUUUCAGAGCUCCACGGACAAUUCCUUCGACCUCAUGGCUUGGUUUUUUUUCCCUGACAUGCACUGUCAACAGUGGGACCUUAUAUAGACAGCUGGGUGCCUUUCCAAAUCAUGUCCAAUCAGUUGAAUUUACCACAGGUGGACUCCACCCUUUGCAGCAAUUACAGCUGCAAGUCUCUUGGGUUAUGUCUCUAUAAGUUUGGCACAUCUAGCCACAGGAUUAUUGCCCAUUCUUCAAGGCAAAACUGCUCCAGCUCCUUCAAGUUGGUGUACAGCAAUCUUUAAGUCAUACCACAGAUUGUCAAUUGGAUUGAGGUCUGGGCUUUGACUAGGCCAUUCCAAGACAUUUAAAUGUUUCCCUUAAACCACUCGAGUGUUGCUUUAGCAGUAUGCUUAGGGUCAUUGUCCUGCUGGAAGGUGAACCUCCGUCCCAGUCUCAAAUCUCUGGAAGACUGAAACAGGUUUCCCUCAAGAAUUUUGAUGUCUUUAGCACCAUCCAUCAUUCCUUAAAUUCUGACCAGUUUCCCAGUCCCUGCCGAUGAAAAACAUCCCCACAGCAUGAUGCUGCCACCACCAUGCUUCACUGUGGGGAUGGUGUUCUCGGGGUGAUGAGAGGUGUUGGGUUUGCGCCAGACAUAGCGUUUUCCUUUUUAGUCUCAUCUGACCAGAGUACCUUCUUCCAUAUGUUUGGGGAGUCUCCCACAUGCCUUUUGGCGAACACCAAACGUGUUUGCUUAUUUUUUUUCUUUAAGCAAUUGCUUUUUUCUGGCCACUCUUCCGUAAAGCCCAGCUCUGUGGAGUGUACGGCUUAAAGUGGUCCUAUGGACUGAUACUCCAAUCUCCGCUGUGGAGCUUUGCAGCUCCUUCAAGGUUAUCUUUGGUCUCUUUGUUGCCUCUCUGAUUAAUGCCCUCCUUGCCUGGUCCGUGAGUUUUGGUGGGCGGCUCUCUCUUGGCAGGUUUGUUGUGGGAUGUUAAAAGUUUCGGAUAUUUGUUUAUAAGCCAACCCUGAUCUGUACUUCUCCACAACUUUGUCCCUGACCUGUUUGGAGAGCUCCUUGGUCUUCAUGGUGCCGCUUGCUUGGUGGUGCCCCUUGCUUAGUGGUGUGGCAGACUCUGGGGCCUUUCAGAACAGGUGUAAAUAUACUGAGAUCAUGUGACAGAUCAUGUGACACUUAGAUUGCACACAGGUGGACAUUAUUUAACUAAUUAUGUGACUUCUGAAGGUAAUUGGUUGCACCAGAUCUUAUUUAGGGGCUUCAUAGCAAAGGGGGUGAAUACAUAUGCACGCACCACUUUUCCGUUAUUUAUUUUAUAUAAUUUUUUGAAACAAGUUAUUUUUUUCCUUUCACUAUACCAAUUUGGACUAUUUUGUGUAUGUCCAUUACAUGAAAUCCAAAUAAAAAUCAAUUUAAAUGACAGGUUGUAAUGCCACAAAAUAGGAAAAACGCCAAGGGGGAUGAAUACUUUUGCAAGGCACUGUCCAUAUAUACAUAUAAAUACAUAUACAUAUAUAUAUACAUAUCCUUUUUUAAAAUAUAUUUCCCUUUAUUACUUUCCAACCCCACCACCCCUUCCCUAAUUGGAGUAAACUAGUGAACAACAAUGCUUAGGCCUCUACUUCCAGCUUAUACUUACUAUAUACAUUUUAUGGACACAGUCAAUUUUACAAUAAUUAUAUUUUGUUUGUUUUUACUCCUGAACUUCCUCUAUCCUCAACCUCUCCGAUCAUUUUCAUGAUGUCCAUCUGGUUUGCUUCUAAAUGUCAUAUCUUUCUAACUGAGCUCUUUCACAAAAGCUCUCAACCUAUAACCUAUAUACUUAUUAUGGACACAGUAUUCUUUACAUUAGUUAUCUUGUUGUUAUUAGUUGUUAGUUGUUAUUAGUUCCGUCCUUCAGCUCUAUUCAACACCUCCCAUCUAUCUCUUAACACCAUCCAUAUUCGAUUUCUAUUUGCCAUAUAUUUUUCAACUGUAAUGUUUCACAAAAGUUCUGAACCCUUCUAUGCUCAUUGUUUCUACAGAUUGUAAAUUGAAAAUAAACAUUUUUGCUAAAAGUAUUAUUAUAUUAUUGAUCGAUUGACUAUGACUUUUCAGAUCACCCAGUAGUGCUAUCUGCAGGGUUAGCUCCAGGUAAAUAUUGCAAUCCUUCAGCCAUUCCUGGACCUGUGACCAAAAACAAGCUACAGAUGGACAGUACCAAAACAAAUGAUCUAAUGAUUAUGUCUCUUCGCAGCAAAAUCUGUGUGUGUGUGUGUGUGAGAAUACUUAUGUAAAUAAGGUAUUUCUGUUAUUUUUAUUUGCAAAAAUUUCUUAAAACCUAUUAUUUCUUUGUCAUUUAUUUAGUUAUUCCAUUUUAGAAAAAAGCUGUAUCGUAACAAAAUGUGAUAAAAGGGAAGGGGUCUGAAUACUUUCCGAAUGCACUGUAUGUGUGUACGUCUAUAAUGUCUAUGUUAAUGUUUUUAAAUGUAUGUAAAUUGUAAAGUGUUUUUGUCUGUAAUGUAUUUUUCGUUAUGUGUCGGACCCCAGGAAGUCUAGCUGUCGCCAUUGGCAUCCGUUAAUAAAAAAUUUAAAAGGGCUGUAAAAGAGGGGGAGUUGUUGAGCAGCUGACAUGGGGGUGUGGGGGGGGGGGGGGGGGGAUCUGCAGGGAGGCGAGGACCCAACGAUGCACAAGGCAUCCAGUGUCCUCAGCCUUCUCCAACUGGCUGCGGCUGUGUGUGCGUGUGUUUCAGGCGUGUGUGUGUGCGCGAGCGGGUGUGUGGCCUCAACCUUCGUCCACUGGUGUGGUGAGUGUGGCCUCAACCUUCCUCCACUGGUGUGGUGUGUAGCUUCAUUCCAUCUUUAUUGGUGAAGUGGGGGUUUUGGUUUGGGGGGGCGUUUUUUGUAGAGGUCCCACCGGAGGGGAGGCGAUGGGCAGUGGCACAUCAGCCUAAUCUCUCCUCCCCCCCCCCCCCCGGGGGGGGGGCCCCAAAACCGCGCGCACAAGCGCGGACGCGCGCCCGGGGGGGACCGGGAGGCGCGGGGGGGCGGCGCGCCACAAACGCCCGGCACAAACACGAGGGCGGCAACCCCACACCCCACAAAACGCGCGCGCGCAAGCGGGCGAAAAAGGGCGCACACACGGCGCACGCGCGCGGGACCGGGGAGCGGCGGGCGGGCGCGCCGCCCAAAACCCCCGGCACACACACACAGCGCGCGCCACAACACCCAAAACGAGCCGCGCCGCACGAGGGCGCGCAAAACGCGCGCACAACGCGCGCACGCCGCGCGACCGGGAGCGGCGGGGGGGCGCGCGCCCAAAACCGGCCCCACACACACAACGCCCCAACACAAACAAACCCCCCACCCACACCGCCCCCACACCCAAAAACACCGGCCCCACGGCCCCAGGGCCCCCAAAAACCACGGCCCGGCCAAACCCCACACAGCCCCAAAGAGCGCGGGGGGCGGCGGCGCAAAAAACGCGGGGGCGCACACACACGGGGGCGGGGCGGACCCGCGGGCGGGCCCGGGGAGCGCGCGCGGGCGGGCGCGCGCACAAAGCCGGGGAACACACAGAGCGCGCGCGGGGGACGCGCGCGGGCGGGCGGCGCGCGCGGGGCGCGGGGCGCGGCGGGGGGGGAGGCGGGCGGAACCGGGAGCGGGCGGGGGGGCGCCACAACGGCGCGCAACACAAGACGGCGGGGGGCGCGCGCCCGGACGAGGCGCCGGGGGGGGGGCCCCGGGGGGGGCGGGCGGCGCGGGGGGCGCGGGGCGGGGGGGCGCCGGGGGGGGGGGGGCGCGCGCGGGGGGCGCACGGGCACACACACGAGGCCCCGGGCGCGAGCGGGGGCCCCGGGCGGCGGCCACGCCAAACCCCCGGCGGCGGCGCCGCGCGCGCACACGACGCGCGGGGCGGGCGGCGAACACACCCCGCGCGCGCGGGCGCCGGGGACGCGGGGCGGGGGCGGGCGGAGGCGCGGACACACGCGCGGGCGGACGCGCGCGGGGGACGGCAGCGCGGGGGGCGCGCAAAACAAGGGCACAACAACGAGCGCGGCGCGCAGAGGCGCGCCGCACACCACCCAACACCACGGCGCGCGCGGGGGGGGCGGGCGGGGGGGCGGGCCCCCACGAGCGGCGCGCAGCGGCGCGGGCGGACGCGCGCGGCGGAACCCGGGGAGCGCGCGGGGGGGGGGGCACAAACAAGCGCGCCCACACCAGCGCGCGCGAGGGCCGCGCCACAAAAAAACAAAAAAGGGGGGGGGGGGGGGGGGGAGGGGCGGGCGCGGGGGGGAGGGGGGGGAAAGGGGGGGGGGGGGGGGAGGGGGGGGGACGGGGAGGCGGGGGGGGAGGGGGGGGAGGGGGGGGGGGGAACACACGGGGGGGCCCCCCCACCCCCCCCCCACAAAAACCCCCCACACCCCCCCCUCCCCCCCCCCACACACACACACCACCACACACACACACCUCCACAACCCCACCUUUCCGGGGGGGCCCCCCUCGGGCCGGCCCAAAACCCCCCCACACACACUCCGGGCCCCCACACAAAACCCCACACACACAACCCGGCAGCCCCGGGCACCCGGGCGGGCCCCAGGGGCGGGCGGGGGGGCGCACAAACGCGCGCACCACACACGAGGCGCGCACGAGCGCGGCCCCCAAGAGGCGGCGGCGGGGACGGCACAAGAGCGCGGCGGACCGGGAGCGCGCCGGGCGGGCCCCGCGCGCGCAAACAACGGGGCCGACAGCCGGGGGACGCGCGGGCGGGGGCCCGGGGAGCGCCGCGGCGGGGCCAAACCGAAAAAAAACCCGGCCAACACGGGGGCGCCGCCACAAAAACCCCACACAAAAAGAGGGUGGGGCCCCACCUCAACCACCCCUCGCCCCACAAACCCCAAAAGAACCACAACACACCCCCGCUCACACGGCCCACACUAACUCCCAACCCCCUUUCCCUUUUUGCAACCUUCUACCCCCGUUCCCCAAACCUCCCACACCACGCAUCUCUCUACACGACCUCCACUCCUCACCCCCUUCUACCCCGUUUUCCAACAGGGUUUACCCUCUUCCCUAUCCACAAACCUCGAUCUCUACAACACUAUCGCUGCUCACACACACACACUCACGCUCGCUACACACACACACUUAUCGCUCGCGCGUCACACACACUAUAUAUCUCUCUCUCUCUUUCUCUCACACUCUAUCUCUCUCACACACACUCUGUGUCUCUCUCACACACACACACACACACUUUCUCUUUCUCUCACAAACUCUCUCUCUCACACUCUCUCUCUCACACACACACACUCGCUCUCUCACACACACACAAAACACAUGACUGUGCUGGGCUGGGAUGCCAGUGUGCUCUGGGAAUUGACCUGCCUGCUGACAGUGCUAGAUGGCAGGAUUAGGUUGUAUCUAUCAAAGAGGCGUUUCUAUGCCACAUUAUGUAAUGUAUUAUGUGUCUACACUUCCAGGAUGACUGAGGAAGGAGAGCAAAACAGGGCUGCCUGAAUGUCAUCCCCAGGAGAGUGUGAAAGGGGCAGAAUGGGAGCAAGAAGGAAAUAGAGAUACCAUAGAGGUCUAUUGAAACUCACCGCAGGAGCCCAUUGUGACAGUGGAUCGAUACUGUACUGCUGCUACUUGCAGAGGAAUCGGAAGAACCUCUGUCCGUUACAUCCAUUUAGGGUGGCAACAUUUUAUGUAGGUUAGAAUGUAACAGAACAGACACUGUAGAUAGUCUUUCCUCGGCCCAUUCCCGCUUACUUCCAUUUACCUCUUCCCUCGACUCCUCUCUCCACUACCUAGCUAGCUCUUCUCUGUGUAGUCUUUGUGGUGUUGUUUUCUUUGACCACUCCUCGUCCAGCUAUGUGGUGACAGAACUGAUGCAGAGUGACCUCCAUAAGAUCAUCGUGUCACCUCAGCCCCUCAGCUCAGACCACGUCAAAGUAUUUCUCUAUCAGAUCCUCCGAGGUAAGACCUCUCCGGCACGCACACACACUCCCAGAUCACAUUGCAAACAUUAAAACAUGAUUUUCACACAUAUCAGCUUGAAUUGUCAUUGAUAAAAAACGGGGUGGGACCUUCGCACAAGGAACUGUUUGAAAACCGUUCAACUGAAUCCUUCCCGGCAUGUGUUUUGUCUGUAGGACUGAAGUACCUGCACUCAGCUGGCAUCCUACAUCGAGACAUCAAACCUGGCAACCUCCUGGUCAACAGUAACUGUGUGCUUAAGGUUGGUAUACUGUCCUCUACCAUCUAACAUCUCCAUCCUUCUGUGAUGAUAACAUGUAUUACGCUACUGAGAUGUAUAGUAUGAUAUAUUGAUGAGGUCAAGUUGGGGUUGGAGUCUGCUCUGUAGAAGUACAGUAUCUGAAAUACAAACACACACACCGUUACCGGGGGUCUGUAGCCCCAGUGGGAUUUCUACAGUACAUGAUGCUGGGCUCUUGACAUAUACAUUUUCAUCCUGGGGCCUGGUAAUGGAGGCCCUGCCUGGGUUUAUGCUACCCUUAGCUCCCUCUCCUCCCCCCACAGACAGCUGGGAGGCGUGCUAGUCCACGGGUGGGGGAGAGAGAGAGAACAUGAGGAGGGAGAAGGUGGAGGACAGAGUGAUUCCGUGUGUUCUCUGGCUGACUCUGGAGAACAGAUUGUCUCUAGCAGACAUUUACUAAUUUAGCUCCUAAUUCUCAUUUCCCAAACGGGAAACCUUCCCCACACAUUCUGGGCUAUUUUCAGACCAACCCAUCCCUGCCUGCCUCUGUGAUGCUCCCUGCCUGUGAUUGGGUGCUGUCUGCCCAUGAUAUUGCUGUGUUCCUUCUCUUCCAAGUCUGCCAUUAUUUUAGAGAGAGGCGCUCAUUUAAUUUCUGAUGAUGAACAUCCCCUUCCAAAAAUCUCCUCCCUCAGCAGCAUCAGCUACUCAAGCAGUUAGAUUCAGUUGUGUACAAGCUGGUGGGGAGCAAUCGUCUGGAGUAAUGUGACAAGGCCCGUAGCGGUGCGACACUAAUGUGGCUCCCUCAUUUAUGAAUGAUCCAAGUAUUCCUUUCUUUUGUGUCUUUAGACGUAUCAGACAAUGUUCUCAUUCAGUUAUAUAACAAUUGACUCCGACCAGUCACAGGAAGCUGCCAAAUAAUAAAAAGUAUCUUACAAAAAGCUGCAUGCAUCUAAACCUUGAGUUAGGUUGGGAUGACGAAUCUAUUUGUGUAUUGGUAUUGAUGGAUGUAUUCAUGUGAACAUGUUCUCACCCUUCAUCCCUCUCCAGAUCUGUGACUUUGGGCUGGCGCGGGUGGAGGAGCUGGACGAGUCUCGUCACAUGACUCAGGAGGUGGUGACCCAGUAUUACCGCGCGCCAGAGAUCCUCAUGGGCAGCCACCAUUACUCCAACGCCAUCGACAUCUGGUCUAUAGGAUGCAUCUUCGCCGAGCUACUGGGCCGACGCAUCCUGUUCCAGGCCCAAAGCCCCAUCCAGCAGGUAACCAAUACUGUAAACACUGAGAACAUGUAAAUCUGACAUGGAAUACUUGCUGAUCUAGUAUUCAGUGCAGAGCAUUGAAAUAAGAAAAAAAGGUAUUGGCUAUCCUUAGUUGUGUUAGUUAGUCUGUAGAAUUCACUGAGGUUUUUUUUUUUCAGCUUGAGCAGAGCUUUCAGAGAUAAAGUUUGUAUUUGAAAACAGGACCGAGUUUCCUUGAACGCUUAGUGUCCGUGUCUCUCCAGACCUUGGGCUCUGGUCCUGCCUCGUUACCUCCCCAUUUCAGAGAUGACAUGUUGAGUUAGCUGUGGAGGGAGGAAUGCAGUCUUAUGUCUCAGUACACACUACUCCCUUUCACUUCUGAUAUCGACACAAAUGACGUGUUCACAGAUACUGUGUGUUCACAAUGGACUGCAAAAUUGCAUGAUGAAGCAAUAAGUCAAUACACACACAAUACAUACAGUACAGCUCACUGGAGUCAUUUACUUGGCCUGCCUGUCUCAACUACCUCGCCUUUACUGCAUAUGUGUGUGUGUGUGUGUGUCUGUGUGUGUGUUCGUGCAUGCGUGUCUCGAGUACAGUAACAUAUGCUGCAUGGCGUUCUUCUGUGUGUGUUCUUGUGUUGUAGCUGGAUCUGAUCACGGACCUGCUGGGAACUCCCUCUCUGGAGGCCAUGAGGACAGCGUGUGAGGGGGCCAGGGCCCAUAUCCUCAGAGGACCACACAAACAGGUAGGGACACAGAUGAGCGGUAUGUGUUUUCUGGAGCAGGACAGCACAUGAGUCUCCUGAGCAAGGUUUUCACAAGUCCUACAAAUCAAUUAUUACAGGAGUCAGUGAUGAGUGGUCCUCUUGGACAACAAGAUGGCGUUUUGCCAAGAGUGUGCAAAGCUGUCAAGGCAAAGGGAGGCUACUUUGAAGAAUCUCAAAUAUAAAAUAAAACACUUUUUUGGUUACUACAUGAUUCCAUAUGUGUUGAUGUCUUCACUAUUAUUCUACAAUGUAGAAAAUAGUAAAAAUAAAGAAAGACCCUUGAAUGAGUAGGUGUGUCCAAACUUUUGACUGGUACUGUAUAUUAAUUUGGGGACAGUUCGAAACACAUGAAACAUUCAUGGCCAUUUAGCUAGCUUGCUGUUGUUAUCUAAUUUGCCCUGGGAUAUAAAUAUUGGGUUGUUAUUUUACCUGAAAUGCACACGGUCAUUUUUUUCUGGAUCUUUGUAGAAUUUUGACCCAUUUUGAGUCACACAAAAUUGUGUGUUCUCUACUCCAACAAUUAAUCCACAGAUAAAAGGGGAAACCUAGUUAGUUUCUAGUAAUAUCUCCUCCUUCAGUCUUCUUCCUCUUCCUCUUCUUCUUCUUCUUCUUCUUCUUCUUCUUCUGUGGACUUUAUAUUGUGGUUGGCAACCAACUUUAAGGCGCAUUACCACCACCAACUGGACUGGAGUGUGGACCUCAGUUCAUCUUUCAAUUACCCACAUGGUAUAUGCUCCUAAAAACCAAUAAGGUGGGAGAGGCAGGACUUGCAGCUAAUUAAGCGUAAAAAAUAGAACCAGGUUCUAUUUUAGCGCCUGGCUACGCAGACGCUCGUUGACGCACACAAGCAGUUUGGCUGAAAUGAUUGAAUAACAUGUAUGUGUGCAUUUAUUUGCAACGCUCGCGCAUGUAAUGCUAGCGGUGUGGUCAGCAUGUUAGAAGUAGGCCUAUAGGCUACCUGGCCUGCACGCAAAUGUAGGCAUAUAAAUGUGCCCAUUUGGGGAUCUGAUAGUAUUUCUGAUUGGCUUAACGCACCACCACUAAUGAGCUGUGGAGCUUCUCAAAGUCAUGUUUUUUUUCACCUCAAACAGCAAGUAAACAAAGUCUGUUUUUACAUCAAUUGAGAAUUACAAUAGUUCCUCAAUGUAUUUGAAAAAUCUUUCCAGCUCUCUCCCUUUCGAUAACCACUCAGCGUGAAAGGGAAAAAUGUCAUGCUCUGAUCCUAUGAAAAUAGGCCUACCUGAUUACUUCUUAUCAGUGCUUGACUUGGACUGAAAUAGGUUCCAGUACUCAUUUUGGGUGCUGGUACUGUUUUCAUUUAGGUGCAGGAGCUCCACAAUACUUUUCAGCUAAUAUUCUAUAAGAGGAACAGGAGCUCAGGGGCUCCCGAGUUGCGCAGCGGUCUGAGGCGUCACUACAGACCCAGGUUCGAUCCCAGGCUGUGUCACAACCGGCCGCGACCGGGAAAACCAAAGGGCGGCGCACAAUUGGCCCAGCGUUGUCCGGGUUAGGGGAGGGUUUGGCCGGGGGGGCUUUACUUUUCAUUGCACUCUAGCAACUCCUUGUGGUGGGCCGGGCGCAUGCAGGCUGACUUUGGUCGUCAGUUGAACGGUGUUUCCUCCGACACAAUGGUGCGGCUGGCUUCCGGGUUAAGCGGGUGGGUGUUAAGAAGCACGGUAAGGCGGGUCAUGUUUCGGAGGACGCAUGACUCGACCUUCGCCUCUCCCGAGCCCGUUGGAGAGUUGCAGCGAUGAGACAAAAUCGCAACUGGAUCUCACGAAAUUGGGGAGAAAAAGGGGGUAAAAUACCCCCCACCCCAAAGAAAAAAGAGGAACAGGAGCUCAAACAGUAGAACAUUUGAGGUGUCGGUACUCAGCUCCAGUGAGCUCCUGCCCAAGUCAAGGACUGCUUCUUAUCCCUUGCGCAAGUAGCCUACAGCUGUGUCUGUCCGGAGCUCAUUGGCGCGGGAAACUCUUGAGGGCCCAGAAUAUUUUAUACAACGUUGCAAGUUCUCUAGCGCAAGCUUCUGGCUGGACCCAAGUUAAUAGUUUAUACAAUAUUUCAAGUUUGUUGCAGACAAGCCACGUGUAGCCAAUGUGAUUUAAAGGAUAUUUAUUGUUAUCACGAUAUUUUCUACCUGCAGGCUGCAGUUUUUAUUUGUUGGCUUAAUUUAGACUAUUUUUACAUAGUUGGCAAUGGGAAUAGAAGUUACUUUUUAGGUUUGUAUAAUUUUCAUUUGGAUUUGGAUAGAAUUUUGAUUAACCACAUGACAAAGAUUUUGAGAUAUGAAGACGUUAUUAUAAAUAAAUUAAACUGUUCCACGGAAAUGUACAUAUGAAAACCAUAACUGGCACGCAGAUCGGUAGAAAUUGUCAAAUAAAUUGGCAUUCCACAUGAGAAAGGUUGCCGACUCCUCGUGUAGCCUAAUACCGGCAAAUUUAGGAGAGUAAUAGCAGAAACUGUGAAAGACAGUUAUCUAGAUCUAUGGCUUCCUCUUGUGUCUUAUUUCAUCAAACAGUAAGCUUAAAGUAUCAGACAAGCUCAAUGCGUAUAUAGUUGAUUUUAUUAAAACACAUACGGUGUGUCUAUACAGUUGAAGUUGGAGGUUUACAUACACUUAGGUUGGAGUCAUUAAAACUUGUUUUUCAACCAAUCCACACAUUUCAUGUUAACAAACUAUAGUUUUGGCAAGUCGGUUAGGACAUCUACUUUGUGCAUGACACAAGUAAUUUUUCCAACAAUUGUUUACAGACAGAUUAUUUCACUUAUAAUUCACUGUAUCACAAUUUCAGUGGGUCAGAAGUUUAAAUACACUAAAUUGACUGUGCCUUUAAACAGCUUGGAAAAUUCCAGAAAAUGAUGUCAUGGCUUUAGAAGCUUCUGAUAGGCUAAUUGACAUACUUUGAGUCAAUUGGAGGUGUACCUGUGGAUGUAUUUCAAGGCCUACCUUCAAACUCAGUGCCUCUUUGCUUGACAUCAUGGGAAAAUCAAAAGAAAUCAGCCAAGACCUCAGAAGAAAAAUUGUAGACCUCCACAAGUCUGGUUCAUUCUUGGGAGCAAUUUCCAAAUGUCUGAAGGUACCACGUUCAUCUGUACAAACAAUAGUACGCAAGUAUAAACACCAUGGGACCACGCAGCUGUCAUACCGCUCAGGUGAACAUACUUUGGUGCGAAAAGUGCAAAUCAAUCCCAGAAGAACAGCAAAGGACCUUGUGAAGAUGCUGGAGGAAACAGGUACAAAAGUAUCUAUAUCCACAGUAAAACGAGUCCUAUAUCGACAUAUAACCUGAAACGCCGCUCAGCAAGGAAGAAGCCACUGCUCCAAAACUGCCAUAAAAAAGCCAGACUACGGUUUGCAACUGCACAUGGGGACAAAGAUCCUACUUUUUUGAGAAAUGUCCUCUGGUCUGAUGAAACAAAAAUAGGACUGUUUGGCCAUAAAGACCAUCGUUAUGUUUGGAGGAAAAAGGGGGAUGCUUGCAAGCCGAAGAACACCAUCCCAAUCCUGAAGCACGGGGGUGGCAGCAUCAUGCUGUGGGGAUGCUGUGCUGUAGGAGGGACUGGUGCACUUCACAAAAUAGAUGGCAUCAUGAGGAAGGAAAAUUAUGUGGAUGUAUUGAAGCAACAUCUCAAGACAUCAGUCAGGAAGUUAAAGCUUGGUUGCAAAUGGGUCUUCCAAAUGGACAAUGACCCUAAGCAUACUUCCAAUGUUGUGGCAAAAUGGCUUAAGGACAACAAAGUCAAGGUAUUGGAGUGGCCAUCACAAAGCCCUGACCUCAAUCCUAUAGAACAUCUGUGGGCAGAACUGAAAAAGCGUGUGCGACCAAGGGGGCCUACAAACCUGACUCAGUUACACCAGCUCUGUCAGGAGGAAUGGGCCAAAAUUCACCCAACUUAUUGUGGGAAGCUUGUGGAAGGCUACCCGAAACGCUUGACCCAAGUUAAACAAUUUAAAGGCAAUGCUACCAAAUACUAAUUGAGUGUAUGUAAACUUCUGACCCACUGGGAAUGUGAUGGAAGAAAUAAAAGCUGAAAUAAAUCAUUCUCUCUGCUAUUAUUCUGACAUUUCACAUUCUUAAAAUAAAGUGGUGAUCCUAACUGACCUAAAACAGGGAAUUUUUACUAGGAUUAAAUGUCAGGAAUUGUGAAAAAAGGAGUUUAAAUGUAUUUGGCUAAAGUGUAUGUAAACUUCCGACUUCAACUGUAUAUGGAAAAUAACACGUUUAAACAUUUCUACCAAUCAAUUGGUCGAACAGAUGACUUUCGGUCACCAAGAUUUGUUUUAGUCGGGGACAGCCCUAGUGUGUGUGUGUGUGUGUGUGUGUGUGUGUGUGUGUGUGUGUGUGAUCCUACAGUCCUCUGGAGCUCGUGUCUUCAUUACUAAGGCUUGACAGAUUUGUGUAAGAGUGGAUUGGGUUUCUGUGAAUGGAAUAACAUAGCCAGGAACCAGCCCAUGGAUUAUUGGUAUUGGGUGUGUGUUCUGUGCGUCUUCCAUGUCUGAUUUGGGCAGAUGGUAUCCUGCAGGGAACAGGAACUGCAGAGCAAGCACCGUGGCCUUGCCCCCUGCCUCCCAUCGACCCACAAGCCCUGCCACGCUUAUACCUCCUCGCCACCUCCCUACCCCUGUGUGUGUGUGUGUGGUGUCUGUGUGCGCCAUCCCUGUAAGCGAACGCUGACAUUUGGAUGACCUUGUCACUCGACGCUCCCUCCCAUGUGUGUGUCUCCUGCAGGCUAGGCAAUGCGUGGAGCAGGAUGUUUUAAUCAUGUCUAUCGACUGACGUUUAGAUUACAGACCUGGGGCCGGUAGGGGCAGCAUAGGGAGAGGAGGGAGGGGUGGGAGGGGGUGAUGGGGGAUGUGGGUGUGUGGGUUGGAGGAUGGUGGUGGGGUCCAAGCCAAAAGGGAUCAUGUUUCUUGCCAGCAAUGCGGUCCCAGGGCACAUCAUGCCAUCAUGGGGGUGAGGUGGGAGGGAGGGGGGUUUGACGGUAGUCAAAUGUAUGACGCUCGCAGAAAUGCAGUGGUAGGAAAUAUACAUCUGGGGUUAAUCUUACACCCCCACCCCCAACAACCAUGCUGGUCCUGUUCAUCUGACCCCCCACCCCGAUUCUCACGAUUCUAUAUGUACUGCAUUUCGAUACUGUGUUUUUAUUGCGAUUCGAUGUUCCAAAAAUAUUGCUCACCAUAUGUCUGCUGCAGAGUGACUAGAGAGUCAUGAAAACAAAUUGGCACCCUAUUUAAAAAGAUGAUGGAGAACAAGCUAUGAAGGAAAAAUACUGGAGUUUUGGUGCAGGUACAGCAAACUAGCACAAAAAUAAUAUUGCAAUAUUGUCAAAACAAUACGAUACAGUAUAUCAUCAAAAAUAAUAUCCUGAUAUGUAAAUAUGGAUUUUUCCCCCAUCACUACCAACCAUGCUCUAUCUGCAGGGUGGCUGUUCAGUGGCCGAUUGCAUCUUUCUGUGGGUGGGUAUUCACAAGUUGACCACAUUCAGUACAUAAAAUGUCUUUAAAAGCCCUGGUUUUAGCUGUUCCUUCAGACGCAAGUUCAAAGGUUACAAGAUGAAGCCAGAGGUCAACACACACUUGAAGGUUUUUUGGAGGGUUGGGAGAGCUGCUUAUUCACGUGACAGAACAGGGUCUUUGUGAAGAUGAGAGAAUGAAGCAUCACAGAGAGCCCCUGCCCUCCUCUCAUCCCCCUUUCUUUUCCCUCUGGAGGAGGUGAAGGACCUGCGAGAGGAGGGUGAGAGGGCACAGGAGAGAGGAGAGGGUGAGAGGAGAGGAGAUGUUGACCAAGGAGCUUUGAAGAGGGAAGAAGGGGUUCCUUUUUACACAAUGAGGGUCUGGGGCAUUGCAGCUUGGGAGGGAAGGAGGGAGGGAAGAGAGGAGUGAAACAUGGCGGGAGGAGGAGGGUAGGCAGACCGAGUGCUGCUUUUAAAGACAAGGUUUUCCGAGUUGCAUCAGAGACAUCAUUACAGCUGCUUAUUCUCCCAGACGGAGAGAACGUCCACAGAGGAGUACAGGCACUCAGGCUGCUUCUCACUAACCUAAUGUAGCUUCCUCUCCUCUCCUUCUCACUACUCUAAUGGAGCGUCCUCUCCUCUCCUCUCCUCUCCUCUCCUCUCCUCUCCUCUCCUCUCCUCUCCUCUCCUCUCCUCUCCUCUCCUCUCCUCUCCUCUCCUCUCCUCUCCUCUCCUCUCCUCUCCUCUCCUCUCCUCUCCUCAUUACUCUAAUGAAGCUUCCUCUCCUGUCCUCACCGGCUCUCUUUCAUCUGUUCUGGUGUGAGAGAACAGGACGGGCAAGCGCAAAUUCCAGGUAGUCAUCCACCAUAUCACUUCACCCCUUCUCUGUUUUCAGAGCAAGCUGUAGAUGAGGGUGACAGAGAUGAGAAGAAGACACCACUUUAGAGUCUUGUGAUGCACCCUGAGUCAUCCAGGAAAGGACUGCAAUAACUGGGUCCAGACAUAUGAGAUGUAUAGAGAACUUGAAUGAAUGUGGCCCUUAGAUUCUUUACUAAUAAUUGUUCUCGUAUAUUCUAAUAAAAUAAUCAUGUUUUGAGGGGAAAAUAGAACACACCAGGGUGCCAGUUCUCGCUGUGCUUUCUAAAUAAAUCUGUGUGAGGAUGGCUAAUGAAAUGAAAGCCAUUGGGCUCUACUGUAGCCAGCGUUGGGAAACUAGCCCCCACCCACCCUGAGCAGGAGGCUUAGGCAGGUCAAUACCCCAAGCUAAAUGAGUUUAGAAAUCAGAGAAGGGCUUGAAAGCUGCAAAGCACCCCCUCUCCACACACGCGCACACACACACUGUGUAUUUGUCACUCACUCUCUUUUUUUUCUCACGCACGCACACACACACCCCAACCACUCUGCUCUACCCUCGAACCACGCGAAGCUAAGUGCAGCCUUUUCUGCUGAAACAGGAAUCCUCACUGGCAGUCUGCCGUUACAUGAGCUGUCCGUCUGGGUAGAGAAGUUACCAGAGGCUGCUACUCGCUUGCUUCACUCUGCUGCUGGAGCACACACCACUUAACCUCAGCAAACACACACACAAUCCAAAUAAACCCACCUUUCACUUCCUCCAAAUCUUUGUACAGAACAGUCUGACAUGGUGUUGACACGCUGGUUGUUUUGGAACCCUCAUCCCUUGUUCCAGUAAUUACCUGCAUGUUUAUCGGCCCAUCCUUCACCAGUCUCUCCUCCUCUUAGCUCCAGGAGGCUAGCUAGCUAGCGUUAGCAGCAGUUUUGCAUGAGUAAACAGUGGAAUCAUGUCCACUUGUCCACACCACCAUACAUCCCUCAGGUGCAACUCUUCCUUUCACAGUGCCCUGUUGUACCUGUCUCUGAGGCUUUGAGGCUGUAGCCUGGGAAGGCUUUGUUAUUGUCUGGUAGAGUGAUGUACAACUUGUUUGUUGUGCUGGGGGAUGGGGGCAGAGAGAGGACGAUGUUUGAGGAGGGUGUGGGAAAGGCAGGCAGCUUGCCCCGGCUGGCCCUGGGCAGGGCUAGGUCAGACCUGAUGUUCCCUUUUUAUUUUAAAAAUAAUAUUAAUAAUUAUAUACAUUAUUUGUAAAGCACAUUUCGUAUUAUGUUUUGCAGGCCAAAGUGCAUGUCGAGACGACAGAAACAAAUAUUUAUAGCUUAGAAGAAUGUCACAUGUAGGGCUGUGGCGGUCGUGAAAUUUUGUCAGACAGUGAUUGCCGAUCUCACGGUAAUUGAGCAUAGCCUACGAGCCAUUUAAAAUAGCCUACACCAUCACAAUAAAUCGAUUCUUUAUUUUAGACAGGUCGAAGAAAUUGUAGUCUAGUUCAGAAGAACAGAAUAGCAUACUCUGACAUUAUGUUAGGCCCUAAUCUGGCAUUCCCAUAUGUCUGUGGGAUACACUAGUUCAUUUAGCAGAAAAUAUUUGCUUAUAAUUACUGUGGCAUUAUUUUAUAUUAUUUUAUAGUAUGAAGAAUAAAAUUGAACAUAGCUGAAUAAAAUAGAAGUAUAAAAUAGGAGUGCGUACAUGCGGCUGUGUUGAGCGGGUAACAAAGAAACAGGUCCUCCUUGUACAAACGGCAAGCUCAUCUCCUUCCCAAGACCCCAACAUUCUUUUGGUUUUCCUAUUGGAAUAAGGUCAAGCCAAUCAUCAUAAUUUAUUAGCCAAUCAGCAGCCGUUUCCCCUGGGAUUUAGCGUAAUACCCGACCAGGCAGGGCCUCAAGCAGUCUGUAGUUUCCGUUCUGAUGACCAACCUGUUUUUCUCUCCUGUUUAUACUACUUCCUUAGAAGAAGUUGCUUUUCUUUCUGAUGUUUAUUGUGCUUGCAGCUAAAUGUAAGUGCCAAAAUCCUGAUGUCUUGUUGUUUGGAGCUAAAUAGUGUCUGUUGUAAAUAUUUACAUUUACGUCAUUUAGCUGACGCUCUUAUCCAGAGCGACUUACAAAUUUGGUGCAUUCACCUUAUAGCCAGUGGGAUAACCACUUUACAAUUAUUAUUAUUAUUAUUAUUUUUUAUUUUUUUUGGGGGGGGGGUUAGAAGGAUUACUUUAUCCUAUCCCAGGUGUUCCUUAAAGAGGUGGGGUUUCAAAUGUCUCCGGAAGGUGGUGAGUGACUCCGCUGUCCUGGCGUCGUGAGGGAGCGUGUUCCACCAUUGGGAUGCCAGAGCAGCGAACAGUUUUGACUGGGCUGAGUGGGAACUGUGUUUCAGCAGAGGUAGGGGAGCCAGCAGGCCAGAGGUGGAUGAACGCAAUGCCCUCGCCCUAUGUACCGUUCGUGUUAAACUUGUUAGCUAGCAUUAGCAUUGCCAUCCGGAAUGCAUGACUAUUUAGCAUGCUUAUUAGCGAUUGGCAUAUGUUAACAUUUGUCUGUGGUGCUAUGCUAUUUUCGGUUGUAGAUCGCUCAUACUUAUUAUGUUGUUUUAUAAUGUGUAGUUAUUUCUAAAUUGCUCUAUUGUUCGUUGUGCAUCUAUCAUGUGUUUGGGUCCACAUAGUCUGCUUAGUUGUUGACACGCAAAUAGGCAUAUUUUCCCCAUAUUGUGUCAUAGCCUAAGUUUUCCUAUUUUCUUUACAAAACCACAAUUAGUAUCAGAGGGAGUGGUGUUGUGUGUGUGUGUGUGUGUGUGUGUGUGUGUGUGUGUGUGUGUGUGUGUGUGGAGAUCUUAAUUAAACCUUGAACUGGAACUACUGCUUCUGUAACCAGUGUGAAAUGGCUAGCUAGUUAGCAGUGUGCGCUAGUAGCGUUUCAAUCGGUGACGUCACUCGCUCUGAGACCUUGAAGUAGUUGUUUCCCUUGCUUUGCAAGGGCCGCGGCUUUUGUGGAGCGACGGGUAACGGUGCUUCGAGGGUGACUGUUGUCGAUGUGUGCAGAGGGUCCCUGGUUCAAGCCCUGGUAGGGGCGAGGAGAGGGACAGAAGCAACACUGUUACACUUCCUCAUGUUCUGAACGGACACCUUGUGGAGGUUGCUACCGGCCUAAAAUCCAGCACCUAUGUUUUUUUAUCCCUUUUUAUUGGUCCUUCGAAUUCAUAAACAACCCAUAUUUUUCAUGGUCCUUCGAGACGGAUUCAGUAACUGCCAAAGUUCAAGGAUGCCCGUCUCCAGAGAAGAUGCUCCACAAGUUGUGGUUCAUCCCUGCCGUCAGACUCGCUCCCUACAUCGUCUGGUUGACUAUGAGGUAAGCUAUGAGUCAAAGCAGACACCACACUCAACAACACACCACUCCAAUGAGGGACCACAAGCAGAGGGCGCUGUGAGUGGAAUUAAUUACUCUCACAACAAGACCAGCAGCAGGUAAGAUAUAGCAGCUCAUUGAAAACCUUGGGAUCAGAGGGCUCUCCUUCUCAGACCAGUCAUCCUCACGUCAUCAUCUACUCAGUCAACCCUUCAACGUUGUGAGCCAUCGCACCAACGAGACUGGUCGACUUCUCAUUGCAGAACUCAUAGCCCUACAGCGCCACAUAGAGGGCUGACUUCACAGGAUCGCCAACGUCAGCCCUCACCUAACCGCUGCGGUCAGCCUACACCUGAUCGCCGUCGUCAGCCUGCACCUGACCGUCGCCGCCGCGACUACUCACCUGACCGCCGCGACUACUCACCUGACCGCCGUGACUACUUACCUGACGCUACGGUCAGCCUAUGCCAGAUUGCCAUCGUAAACCCUCAACUGAUUGCCAUUGUCAGCCCACGCCUGACUGUCGCCGCCGCGACUACUCACCUGACCGUCACCGCCGCGACUACGCACCUGACCGUAGCCGCCGCGACUACGCACCUGACCGUAGCCGCCGCGACUACGCACCUGACCGUAGCCGCCGCGGCUACGCACCUGACCGUAGCCGCCGCGACUACUCACCUGACCGUAGCCGCCGCGACUCCUCACCUGACCAUCGCAACUGCUCGCCUGAACGUCAUCGCCGGGCCUACUCACUUGAUCAUCGUCGGUACUCACCUGUCCGCUACCGCACAUCUUCUCCACCUAGCCGGGAGUGCGUCUACCGUGGACCAUCUCCUACCAUUCCCAACUUCAUCAAUGAAGACCCACGAGAGUUUGCAAGGCUGAAGGUGGCCCUCGACAAUGUGCUGCCUGUAGAUGCAACAGUGCUUCAAGUUUCAGAUAUUUGUGGACCACCUGAAGUUGGAAGAGGCUUUGCUAAUUGCCGACUCCUACAGCAACAGCAGGUACCCAUACAGUGCCACCAUAGAGUCCCUCACAGAACUGUAUGGCCAGCCCACCAGCUUGCCCUCCAAUGCAUCGCAGGGUUAAUGGAUGGCCCCAACAUCAAGAGUGGUGAAACCAAGGCAUUCCGAUGAUUCGCUCUGAGGGUGCGUGCCUUGGUUGGCAUGUUGGAUCAGCUAGGGAGUAAUGGACAGACAGAACUGAGGUGUGGGUCACACGUCUCCCGCAUCUUAGCUAAGUUACCACACGACCUAAGAGCCAGCUUCAAGAGAUGUGUGAACCCCAUCAAGACACCCAUUCCAACCCUCCUUCACCUGGCAGAGUGGCUCAAGUACGAGGUUAGAGUGCAAGUAGAUGGCACGCAGUUCAGUAGCGAACAAAGCAGGGACCACCCUAGCUCACGCCGAGAUCAGUGUAAAGACAAAUCCUUCCCCAAGACCAUCACCAUCCUCCAUGGAGGAGAGCAGUGAAAGGACGAAGUCGAACUCUCUGCACAGAACCAGUCUCCGGAGGAAAGGUCACAGGAGAAGCCAAAGAAAUAUUGUCCAUUCUGCAACACCAUGCAGCAUUACAUGAAUCAAUGCACCAACUUUCAGCUCCUUUCCAAAGAACAGAAAGAAUCCUGGAUCAAGACAAAUGAAAGAUGUUUAAAGUGUGGACGUGAACACCAAGCAGCUCAGUGUACUCUCAAGGCUAAGUGCAAGAAGUGCGAUUCUCCACGAGGUCAACACUAGCCCGACUGCUACAAAGAACGCUAGCACGAACAAUAUGAAGACCGCCAGCACAAAGGCGUCGAGAGCAUUUUCCUGGUGAGCUCCACCGCAGAGAGACCCUCUGUUGAUCGACCUUCCGGCAGCAGGAAGGUGCUGCUGAAAUGGCAACAAGUCACAUGACAUGUACACCCUGUUGGACGACGGGUCGGCGCGCAAUAUACUUCUACAUGAAGCAGCAGAGCAGCUAGGCCUCCAAGGAAAUCCUGAGGACUUGGCACUUCGUACGGUGCUUCAAGAUAUCAGUUUCAUAUAUCAGCUUCUGUGUCAUUCUCUGUGGCCCCUGUUACUCAACCAAACAGGUCAUUUGACAUCCACAGAGCCUUCACAGCUGAAGAGUUGGGCCUUGCACAGCAUACCUACCCGGUCAAAGCCCUUAAGAAAAUAUAUUGGUACCUCAAAGGCCUACCCCUUCAACCGCUGGACCAGACGCAGCCAUUACUGCUCAUCGGAUCAGACUAUCCCCAUCUAAUCACCCCGACGGAGCCAGUACGUUUGGGUCCCCCUGGUGGACCUGCCGCCAUCAAGACUCAGCUCGGAUGGACCCUUCAAGGUCCUUCAAAGUUCCUGCAGCAAAGUCUUGCUCCACAACAGUGCCUUCAUACAUCCCUUGUCUCUCCAUCUGCAGAGCUCUUCAGCCAUGUAGAGAAGCUCUGGCAGUUGGAUACGCUACCGUACAGGAGUGAGAAGCUCGUCACAUGGUCCAGACAAGAUGUAGAAGUCAUGUAUCCACUGGAGGAGAAGACGGUCAGGGUCGAAGUGGACGGGGUUCAAAGGUAUGCCACUCCACUUUUGUGGAAGAAGAACCUUCCUCCCUUGGAAGCUCCGAAGGAGGCAGUACUGGCUCAUCUGCGAGGGACAGAGAAGCAUCUGUCCAAGGAUCCAGAGAAAGCAGCAGUGUACAAUGCAGAGAUUCACAAGUUAAGAAACUAUCCCCAGUAGCAGUCGAAGAGUACCCAGGUUGGUACAUUCCGAAUCAUAUGGUCCAUCACAUUGGGGAAAAACAGAGUCGUCUUCAGCUGUUCCUUCAAACUUCAGGGGCAAGAGCUUGAACGAACAACUCUUUCCCAGACCUACUUUAGGAGCUACUCUGCUUGGAGUCCUUCUCCGUUUCCAGGAACACUCAGUGGCCAUCAGCAGUGAUAUAAAGGGGAUGUUCCAUCAAGUCAGCCUGCUACCCGAAGUCCAGCCUCUUCUCCGGUUUCUGUAGUGAGACUUAAACCGUGAUGAUUACGCUGAUGUCUAUGAGUGGCAGGUUCUUCCCUUUGGGACGACAUGUAGCCCCUGCUGCGCCACGCUUGGCCUUCAGAAGCAUGUAUUCGACCACAGUGAGCCUGAAGAAGAACGCUGUUUCUAUGUAGACAACUGUCUACAAAGCCUCCCCUCUGUGGAGGAAGCCAAGAAACUGGUGGACAAGCUGAAGCACCUUCUUGCUGAGGGAGGAUUCGAUCUACGCCAGUGGGCCAGCAACCUUCCAGCAGUCAUCAAACACCUACCUCAAGCGUCCAGGUCGGAGAACGGUGAGCUGUGGUUCACCCAGGAUGGCGUGGAACCCCAAGAGCACACCCUUGGAUUACGAUGGCAAUGUCUGUCUGACACUCUUGGCUACAAGCAAGGUCACAUGGAGAAAGUUGAACCCACCAUGCGCAACAUAUAUCGGAUCCUUGCCAGCCAGUACGAUCCACUCGGCUUCAUCGUCCCAUACACCACACAGGCCAAGGUUGUGGAUCAGAGGCUCUGGAAUAAGAAAAGAGGGUGGGAUGACCCAGACCUACCUGAAGAUCUUCUCCAAGCGAGGCUUAUUUGGGAGAAAGAACUUCCACAGCUGUCUCAGGUCACACUGCUAAGGUGUUACGUCAGCCCCGACAUGGACCUCCCAACCAGCACAAGAAGUGUUCACGUCUUCAGUGAUGCCUCAGAACGUGCGUACGGUGCCGUUGCGUACCUCCGUACUGAAGACGCCAAUGGACGGAUCCAAAUAGCAUUCCCUGCAGCAAGAUCAAGAGUGGCCCCAAAACGACAACAGUCGAUGCCAAGACUCGAGCUCUGCGUUGCACUCACUGGUGCCCAGCUAGCUGUGGUCAUCAGAAAAUAACUCACCCUAGAAAUCCAUGAGGUCACGUACUGGUCGGAUUCUACAACAGGAUCUCACAGACCCCCAGGCCUGGCGUUACGUGGACACAGAGAGAAAUCCGGCUGACGAUAUCACACGUGGCAAGACGCUGUCUCAGCUUUCAGAACACAACCUUUGGAGUCAAGGUCCUCCAUUCCUGUGGCAGGCCCAGUCAUCCUGGCUGAGAAGACCAGACCAAGUACCUCCUGAUGAUGCAGAGGAGCUGCGGAAGCCUACCUUCUGUGGACUCCUGUCAGCGGACACAAAGUCGUCUCUCCCUGAUGUUGCCCAGUUCAACACUUUCCAUGAGCUGGUGGAAGCCACAGUGCAGUUGCUACACAGGGCGGCCAGUAGUGCCGACAGCCCUUCAGCCGACGAUUUCAAGCAAGCAGAACUCGAAGUACUCAGACAUGCUCUCCCUACUAGAGGCAGGCAAGCCAAUCCUUCCGAGCAGCCGUCUGGUGACGCUGGCCCCAGAGUAUGAUGACAACACCGGACUGAUUCGUGUUGGAGGUCGCCUUCGGAGGUGUGACCAGCUGUGCCCUGACGUUCUUCACCCAGUGGUUCUGGAACCAGGUCAUCCGCUCACCAGGUUGCUGAUCAAGAAUAUGAUGAGCAGCUGAGGCACCUGGGACCAGAGAGGGUGUUUGCUGAGUUACGUCGAAGGUUCUGGAUUCUGAGAGGCAGCCAUUUGCCAUUUUCAGCUUGGCUGCACCGAAAUGCAGGAAGUGGCGAGGCCAGCCAGAUGUGCCUAGGAUGGCUGACCUGCCUCCAGCCCGACUGCGGCUCCACAAGCCCACAUUUUAUUAUACAGGCGUGUACUGCUUUGGACCGUAUAUCAUCAAGAUUGGCCGAAGAAAUGAAAAGAGAUGGGGCAUCAUCUUUAAGUGCAUGACCACCCGGGCUGUACACGUGGAUCUACUGACAAAUAUGGAUUCCGAUUCAUUCCUAAUGGCGUUGAGACGCUUCAUUGCUCGAAGAGGAAAGCCCUUUGAGAUCCUGUCCGAUUUAGGAACAUUUCAAGGGAGGUGAGCGAGAGUUACAGGAGGCAUUUAUGACUCUCCACCCACAGCUCCAGGAACAGUUAGCCAGUCAGAAGAUUUGCUUCACCUUCAACCCACCAAGUGCACCACACUUUGGAGGAUGCUGGGAGAGGGAGAUCAGAUCCAUCAAGACUGCCCUGCAAACCACUCUUGGUGCGCAGACCAUCUCCAAAGAGGUGCUGAGGAUUGUCCUAAUCGAAAUAGAAGGGAUCUUGAACUCCAAGCCCUUGGGAUAUGUGUCGUCGGACAUCUCAGAUCCGGAUCCAAUCACUCCUAACUCUUCUCAUGGGGCGGCCAGACUCGUCACUACCACAGGUGGUCUACCCAGAGUCUGAACUGCUCAUUCGCAAAAGAUGGAGACAGCCAGGUUCUAGCCGACCAUUUCUAGCACUGCUUCACACGGCCUCACUUUCCCAUCUGCUCCAGGGAUAACUGACUUGACAGUUCCAACUUGCCAGAGUGCCCUAGGAGACUGAUCAUCCACGAUCAUCACAACAAAACAUUUUUCCUUAGUAGUUCAUUUUCUCUAAAUCUAAAGGCACAACCUAGAUUCAAUGUCUUAGUAGAUGAACAUGUUAUUACUGACAAACUGACACGUUUUUCAUUUUCGUCAAAAACAACUUUAUAUUGAAGGAGUGCCUUUGAUUCGACGGCCUGCCCAUGCAUAGUUCAGACCACUAGACGACCAUUAGACCCGAUGACGUGUUUCUACUCAUGAGCUUAGCUAGCCAACGUCGCCAUGACUUUCUCGCUCUUCUCGUAAGCCAGAAAGGGAGCGCUGCUUACUAUUCGACAUGCAGGUGUCCACAUACAUUUGGUGAUGUCUCUUUUCCUGAGUCACCGUUUGUUUAACUUGGCUGUGUCCCGGGCGGCAUCAUGGGGCCGGGACAGGGAGAGGGACAGGGGUCCAGUCCAGCCUCACCUCCCUCUCUCUCUCUCCUGUCCUCCUCUCCCUUCAUCUGUCUAGAACUUCAUCCCUUGCUAAUCCCAGACUAAUGCCUACUAAUGCUACUGUGCACCGCCAUGCUCUCUCUCUCAGCCCAGCCCCGUGCCCCAACACACUGCCACCAUGGCAACACACACACACACACACACACACACACACACACUGAUGUAACACACACAAACAAAGCACGGAGUUAAUAGGUGGAAAUUCUACUUUCCGGUAACAGAGAACUUGGGUCCACUUUUAAUUAUCACUGGAGUUCUCACACAUUGCAAUCAACUCCGCCCAAUGGAACACAGACACACUCGCACGCAUGCACACACGUGCACAAGCACACAUACACCCACACCACACACACACACUAUGCAGCCUUGGGAAAAAAGGUGAACAUUUCAUGUCCAUUGUCCUGAGGAUGCAGCUUUAAAAGCCUCUCCUCUGCCUCUGCUCUCCUCUCCUCCCGCUCUCCUCCCCCUCUCCUCUCCUCCUCCCCCUCUCCUCUGCUCUCCUCCCCCUCUCCUCUCCUCCUCCCCCUCUCCUCUGCUCUCCUCCCCCUCUCCUCUCCUUGGUGAUUGCGCUGGGUGAAACACAGCGGAGGGAGUAGUGUGUGGUGUAACAAAGUCAUCUCCUGAUGAGCGUGAAUCACCAGUUGGGGCUUGCAUCUGCUCGCACCGGCAAAACCUAAUCAGGGAAAACAAGCGAUUACCGGUGGGUUUUUUCAAUCAACUUUGUUGAGUUUGAGAGAGAGAGAUGGGGCAGGAAAGAUAAUUAGUGUAAAAAUAACUUGCUCAUUGUUCUUUUGGGCCCACCUCCUCGUAGAGAUAAGCACAUGGCAGGGCUAUCAUUUGAAGGAUCCUUUUGGCGGCGGCGUGGAAGACGUUUGGAAGUGAAGGAGAGAUUUGUAAAAUCGUUGGCUGUGGCUGGCUUUGAUGCCACAGAUAAGAUCUAGGAUUCAAUUCAAUUGAAUCCACAUUGCAAUAUGUACGCAGUAGCCCUUGACUUUCUCCCGUUGUCACAUAAAAUCACGGCAUGUUUUUGGGUGCUGUACGUAAACUGUACUACCAUCUACACUCCCUUCACAGGUAGAUGCUUCUUCUGAAUGUGAAAAAUGUAAUGUUGAAUGUACAGUUCAUGAUAUGAUCAUCCAGGGUGUUUUCACAAUUCUUAAAUUCCUCAUGUAAUUAAAACAAGGCCAGCAUUGAAAAAGCUUUAUUUGGUUAAGUUGACUGUGCGUGUAACUAUUUGACUGACUGACUAUGUAAUUUCCUGUUUCUGCAGCCAUCCCUUCCUGUCCUGUACACCCUGUCCAGCCAGGCCACCCAUGAAGCUGUCCACCUCCUGUGCAGGAUGCUUGUGUUCGAUCCGGUGAGUAGUGUGUGUGUGUGUGUGUGUGUAUGUUGUCAUGUUUAACUAUACUUGUGGGGACCAGAAAUCUCCACAAGAAUAGUAAACAAACAGAAAUCUGACCAACUGGGGACAUUUUGUUAGUCCCCACAAGGUCAAAUGCUAUUUCUAGGGGGUUUAGGGUUAAGGUUAGUGUUAGGGUUAGGUUUUGAGGUUAGGGUAAGUGUUAAGGUUUAGGGUUAGGGAAAAUAGACUAUUGAAUGGGAAUAAAUGUUGUCUCCACAAGGUUAGAUAAACAAGAGUGUGUGUGUGUGUGUGUGUGUGUGUGUGUGCACGCCUGACUGCCUCCCUGCCUGUUGGGAAACAGAUCAUUAUACUCCAUGGUAAUAGGAUGCUAUUUCUACCUAAACAAAGAUAACAAAAAUAAUCUCCUCAUUACAAGUAAUGGUUCAAUGGCUAAAUGGCUUGCCGAUUGGACACCAUAUGCAGAGAUGUAAAAAAUACUCUACUCUAGAGUUUUGGCUUCUGCUUACACAGACUGAAGCAGCUUUUUGGCUUUCUGUCUGAAUAAAAUAUAUUAUUUUCCUAAAACGUACGAGUAUACGUUAUGGUACGCUGACAGUUUUUGCAUCACUUCUGUAUAGUACAGUUAACUACACUACACAUUGGCAGGAUAUUAAUUCAACAUCCUAGGGUGAUCGAUCCUGAACGAAGGGAACAUGGGGAAGGUAGUGGUAACCCUAGACACCACUGUCACUGACUUUAAUUAACAAUCCAGCUUUUGAUUGAAUGACGUUGGCUUCAAUGGCAGGCUUUCACCUCUGGCCAGUGGCCAAUCCAGGGUGAUGGACAGCCAGGGUGUAAGACUGUUCCCCCAGUACAUAUGUCUCCAAGUCCAACCCCUAAAGGGCACUGCCUUGACCCUACUGCCCUGCAACAACAUCCUCCUUUCAUGAGUUAGGUUGACGCGUUGACGCUUAUUCACUGUCUUAUGCAACAAAGGGAAGUUGAUUAACUUUGCCAUCUUCUUUCACCCGACCCACACGUUUACUUUUUCAUGCACUUAGGAGAUGAUUAAAACCAAACAAUGUUACAGGCUUGUCCUACAUCCAUGGGCGCGUCAGAGUGACUGUGUGUGAGAGAGAGACUGUGUGUGAGAGACUGUGUGUGUACGUGUGCAGAAACCCUACUAGCAGCUAGCGUUGACAGAACACACACGGUGGUGUUUAUUGGCAUCUCCUGACUACCUGGGGAAAUAACAUUACAUUUACAUCAUUUAGCAGACGCUCUUAUCCAGAGCGACUUACAAAUAGGUGCAUUCAAUUUAUGAUAGCCAGUGGGACAACCACUUUUUUUUCUUUUUUUUAUGGGAGGUGGGGAAAGAAGGAUUACUUUAUACUAUUCCAGGUAUUCCUUAAAGAGGUAGGGUUUCAAGUGUCUCCGGAAGGUGGUCAGUGACUCCGCUGUCCUGGCGUCGUGGGGGAGCUUGUUCCACCAUUGGGGUGCCAGAGCAGCGAAUAGCUUUGACUGGGCUGAGCGGGACCUGUGCUUCCGUAGAGGUAGGGGAGCUAGCAGGCCAGAGGUGGAUGAACGUAGUGCCCUCGUUUGGAUGUAGGGUCUGAUCAGAGUCUGAAGGUAAGGUGGUGCCGUUCCCCUCACAGCUCCGUAGGCAAGCACCAUGGUCUUGUAGUAGAUGCAAGCCUCAACUGGAAGCCAGUGGAGUGUGGGGAGGAGUGGGGUGACAUGAGAGAACUUGGGAAGGUUGAACACCAGACGGGCUGCAGCGUUCUGGAUAAGUUGAAGGGGUUUAAUGGCACAGGCAGGGAGCCCAGCCAACAGCGAGUUGCAGUAAUCCAGACGGGAGAUGACAAGUGCCUGGAUUAGGACCUGUGCCGCUUUCUGUGUAAGGUAGGGUCGUACUCUGCGAAUGUUGUAGAGCAUGAACCUGCAGGAUCGGGUCACCGCUUUGAUGUUACGACAGGGUAUUGUCCAGGGUCACGCCAAGGUUCUUUGCACUCUGGGAGGAGGACACAAUGGAGUUGUCAACCGUGAUGAUGAGAUCAUGGAGCGGGCAGUCCUUCCCCGGGAGGAAGAGCAGCUCCGUCUUGCCGAGGUUCAGCUUGAGGUGGUGAUCCGACAUCCACACUGAUAUGUCUGCCAGACAUGCAGAGAUGCGAUUCGCCACAUGUUUAUCAGAAGGGGGAAAGGAGAAAAUUAAUUGUGUGUCGUCUGCGUAGCAAUGAUAGGAGAGACCAUGUGAGGAUAUGACAGAGCCAAGUGACCUGGUGUAUAGAGAGAAUAGGAGAGGGCCUAGAACUGAGCCCUGGGGGACACCAGUGGUGAGAGCACGUGGUGCGGAGACAGAUUCUCGCCAUGCCACCUGGUAGGAGCGACCGGUCAGGUAGGACGCAAUCCAAGAGUGAGCAGCGCCGGAGAUGCCCAACUCGGAGAGGGUGGAGAGGAGGAUCUGAUGGUUCACAGUAUCAAAGGCAGCGGAUAGGUCUAGAAGGAUAAGAGCAGAGGAGAGAGAGUUAGCUUUAGCAGUGCAGAGAGCCUCGUGACAUAGAGAAGAGCAGUCUCAGUUGAAUGACCAGUCUUGAAACCUGACUGGUUUGGAUCAAGAAGGUAAUUCUGAGAGAGAUAGCAGGAGAGUUGGCUAGAGAUGGCACGCUCAAGAGUUUUGGAGAGAAAAGAAAGAAGGGAUACUGGUCUGUAGUUGUUGACAUCGGAGGGAUCGAGUGUAGGUUUUUUGAGGAGGGGUGCAACUCUCGCUCUCUUGAAGACUGAAGGAUGAGUUGAUGAACGAGGUGAGGUAAGGGAGAAGGUCUCUGGAAAUGGUCUGGAGAAGAGAGGAGGGGAUAGGGUCAAGCGGGCAGGUUGUUGGGCGGCCGGCCGUCACAAGAUUUCAUCUAGAGAGAGGGGAGAAAGAAGUCAAAGCAUAGGGUAGGGCAGUGUGAGCAGGACCAGCGGUGUCAUUUGACUUAAUAAAUGAGGAUCGGAUGUCGUAAACCUUCUUUUCAAAAUGGUUGACGAAGUCAUCUACAGAGAGGGAGGAGGGAGGGAGAGGGGGAGGGGGAUUCAGCAGGGAGGAGAAGGUGGCAAAGAGCUUCCUAGGGUUAGAGGCAGAGGCUUGAAAUUUAGUGGUAGAAAGUGGCUUUAGCAGCGGAAACAGAGGAAGAGAAUGUAGAGAGGAGGGAGUGAAAAGAUGACAGGUCCGCAGGGAGUCUAGUUUUCCUCCAUUUCCGCUCGGCUGCCCGGAGCCCUCUUCUGUGAGCUCGCAAUGAGUCGUCAAGCCACGGAGGAGGAGGGGAGGACCGAGCCGGCCGGGAGGAUAGGGGACAUAGAAAGUCAAAAGAUGCAGAAAGGGAGGAGAGGAGGGUUGAGGAGGCAGAAUCAGGAGAUCGGAGGGAGAAGAAUUUAGCAGAGGGAAGAGAUGAUAGGAUGGAAGAGGAGAGAGUAGCGGGAGAGAGAGAGCGAAGGUUGCGACGGCACAUUACCAUCGGAGUAGGGGCAGAGUGAGUAGUGUUGGAGGAGAGCGAGAGAGAAAAGGAUACAAAGUAGUGGUCGGAGACUUGGAGGGGAGUUGCAGUGAGAUUAGUAGAAGAACAGCAUCUAGUAAAGAUGAGGUCAAGCGUAUUGCCUGCCUUGUGAGUAGGGGGGGAUGGUGAGAGGGUGAGGUCAAAAGAGGAAAGGAGUGGAAAGAAGGAGGAUAUGAGAGAAAUGAGUCAAAGGCAGACGUAGGGAGGUUAAAGUCACCCAGAACUGUGAGGGGUGAGCCAUCCUCAGGAAAGGAGCUCAUUGAUGAACUCUCCAAGGGAACCUGGAGGGCGAUAAAUGACAAGGAUGUUAAGCUUGAAUGGGCUAGUGACUGUGACAGCAUGGCAUUCAAAUGAGGAGAUAGACAGAUGGGUCAGGGGAAAAAGAGAGAAUGUCCACUUGGGAGAGAUGAGGAUUCCUGUGCCGCUGACCAGAUGCUCUCGGGGUAUGCGAGAACACAUGGUCAGACGAGGAAAGAGCAGUAGGAGUAGCAGUGUUUUCUGUGGUAAACCAUGUUUCCGUCUGCCAAGAAGUCGAGGGACUGGAGGGUAGCAUAGGCUGAGAUUAACUCUGCCUUGUUGGCCGCAGAACGGCAGUUCCAGAUUUGCCGGAGACCUGGAACUCCACGUGGGUUGUGCGUGCAGGGACCACCAGAUUAGUGGCAGCAGCCACUCGGUGUGAAACGUUUGUAUGGCCUGUGCAGAGAGGAGAGAACAGGGAUAGACAGACACAUAGUUGACAGGCUACAGAAAAAGGCUACAAUAAUGCAAAGGAGAUCGGAAUGAAAUGAACUAAACACCUGGGAAAGCGAGAGAGCGGGGCCUCCCUAACUUACGUUUCACUGAAACACUCAAAUAUAACUCUCCCAACUUCCACUUUAGAAAUUAUAAUUGUUGUAAACUACAGUGGUUCAAUGUUUUCUAGGAAUAGACUCUAACUUAGUUUAUUCAGCUAGCUAACUUGGUACAGUAUUCUUCCGUGAAAACCUUCCAGGGCACCGAAUCCUAUGACGCCAUAGCCAACUAGCAUGCCAGCCAACAAUAACACGGUUUAGCACCAAUACUCGGUUACAAUAAACCAGUAUGUUAACACGCCAAACAGAUCAUUCGUGUCCGUGUCUAAUGUUGUGUAAAGUUUUGGGUUAGUUUUGACAGUUUGAGUGAGUACGUCGUCAACUUAUUCAGCCAGUUAGUUAGCUAGAAUAGUUAGCAUACUAGCUAGCCAUUGCUCUCUACCAACGAACCACCCCUCCUCCGACGGCACGAAACACACAGAGAGAGCCAAGCUAGCGUUAACUAGUCACCCAUGUCCCGAAUUCCCUUGAACGACUCUUGUUACCAGUAUGUAAAAACAAAACAAAAAUAAAUAUAGGUUAUAACUUACCCUUAGGAGCUACUGUUAGCCAGUUAAGUGCAUAGCUAGCCACUGAAUCGAUUUAGCCAGUUCACGUCUGUCCCAACGGAGAGAAAGCGUCUCCAAAUAUUACAGCUAGGUCGUUCCAGCUAUUGUUUAGUUAGCUAUCCAGGUAGCACCAAGCUAGCUACAUUUCGAGUACAGUAGCUACUAACUACCUAACGUUAACGCUUCAGAUAAUGAGGUUAGAAAACAGCUGAAUGGUAGGUAGCUAGCUGGCAUAAUUACAGGUACACUUAAGCGUGAAAGAACAUUGGAAACAACUAUCCACAGUUGCUAAUAGUUACCAAUAGCUACCCGCCAGCUAGCUAGCUUUAUAGGUCCAAGUAGUGGGUUAGCUAGCCUUGUGCUUCACCGGGCUCUGCCGAAUACAAUACUUACCUACAAUAAUUACCUACAAUAACCUACAAUAACUACCUAGACAAACUGUAUGAACACAGUUGUAAUGAUUCUGAAGCUCUGUCACUAACAGAUUAGGAGGAAUCUGACUUAUGGUGAUGAUGGGGGCAAAUACAUUGAGUUAUCGAGGCCUACUGAAUACAGGGUUGUCUUAUUGAGAUCUGUAAUGUGGAAAUAAGCAUCUUUAUCAAAUCAAAUGUUAUUUUUCACAUGCGCCGAAUACAACAGGUGUAGACCUUAGCGUGAAAUGCUUAAUAACAAACCCAUCACCAAUCAUGCAGUUCAAGAAAGAGUUAAGAAAAUAUUUACUAAAUAAACUAAAGUAUCUAGACUAGAGGGUAGUAUUUCUCAGAGUCUGGCACCUGUCAGUGGGAUAUUGCUGACUAGUCAGAUGGUUAUUCAGUUGAGGCUGAUUUGGUUUGAUUCCAAGGUCUAGUUUUAAUAUGUGGUCCUCAAAAGAGAGAGAGUGUGCAGUAGACUGCUGUUUAUGAGAGACAGCAAAUGCUUUAUCAAACAGACCAUUUGAUUUGGAGGGAUUUCAUAGUCCUGUAUGUAUUCCAUCAGUGUGUAUAGUCUGUGUACAUCAGUGUGUGUAGUCUGUGUACAUCAGUGUGUGUAGUCUGUGUACAUCAGUGCGUGUACAUCAGUGUGUGUUUGGCCCUCCCCCAGUCGAAACGGAUCUCAGCGAAGGAUGCCCUGGCCCACCCCUACCUGGACGAGGGCCGACUGAGGUAUCACACCUGCAUGUGUAAGUGCUGCUACACCACCUCCUCUGGCCGAGUCUACACCAGCGACUUCGAGCCUGUCACCAACCCCAAGUUCGACGACGGCUUCGAGAAGAAUCUGACCUCCGUCAGACAGGUCAAAGGUGAGUCUGUCGACCAACCAGCAGAGGGCAGAGUAGUGCUGUGGGAAUUAGCCCUUUUCAAGUUUUGUUGUUUUAUUAUUUUAUCUUCUGUCUUAGGCAUCUCUAUUGCAUCCAUUUUUAUCCCCUUCAUGUUACCGGGUUAUGUUUUUCCACUGGGUUUGCAAAGAGAGGCAGCUUUAGCUAAAGCUAAUUAGUUUCAAUGGGUGAUAGAUAGACAUCCAUCCAUUGCAUACAUGGUGAAAGCCUUAUCCCAACUUAACCUAGUACCACAAUUAUUGUAAAACAGACAGCUUUACAGACACCUGAGGUCCUAAUUGAAUCCAAUCAGCUCUGAGACCAUGUGCAGAUCAUGCCUGUGUGUGUUAAGGCAUCCGCAUGCUUCCCAGCCGAAACCGUUCGGAAGGGUUUUUCUCAAAGCAAGCCAAAGUCUGUAGCCGAAGUCUACGCCCCUUCAUCGGUGAUUGGUCAACAGUAGGGAUUCUUCAAUAAACUCUGUUGUCAUUCAAUGAGAGACGAAUCAUUUUCAUGCACAUUUUUUCGUUGAGAAAUACUGCACGAAACAUCUUAGUUAGAUUUACAUUACAUUAGAUGUCAAAUUACACAACUAAGAUCUCUUCAGCAAAAACGUCAACAUUUAUGACAGAUUUCUUGAGUUGUCUUGUACUGAACUAAAAUAUAAAUGCAACGUGAAGUGUUGGUCCCAUGUUUCAUGAGCUGAAAUAAAAGAUCCCAGAAAUGUUCAAUACGCACAAAUAUUUUAUUUCUAAAUGUGUACACAAGUUUGUUUCCAUCCCUGUUAGUGAGCAUUUCUCCUCAGCCAAGACAAUCCAUCCACCUGACAGGGGUGGCAUAUCAAGAAGCUGAUUAAACAGCAUGAUCAUUACAUAGAGGGAGACCCAGAUCAGUGGUGGGCUAUUCUGUCAGCAGGUACUAGUGAGGUUGUCUUCUAAAAGCAGGCUUACUCUGGUGGAGGGUCGAAAUAAACCUGGCCUUCUCCCUCACCCUCCUUCUCUCUCCCUUUCCUUCUCUCCCUCCUCCUCCCAACCCUCUUCCCUCCCUCCUCCUCCUCUUCCUCCCCACCCCCAUUCUCCUCCACCUCCUCACCCCAUCUCUCUAUCCACUUGCCCCUUAUUUCCACUGAGAGAUUAGCCACCCUGCCUGGUGGUAGCCUAACUGCUGGCUAACUCCAAGCUGUUUACAGACUGCUGCCCUUGACACUGGAGCACCACUUUAGUCGCUAGCCUAUAGGGCCCUUUGGUGUGUGCACAUAUACACACAAACGUACAUGCUCAUACUGGUAAAAAUGGCUGAAAUGUUAAGAUGAUUUGUCGUCAAUUGUGUAAUGCAAUCACAGUUUCCACCUCUGCAGCAAAAGACAGAUGGCUGGAGUUUGCAGGAAUGUGAUGAAUGACAGAACAUAACUCAAUACAUCUGAAACCUUGGUGCAGGUGCAAGAUAUCCUGGAGUAGGCCUGUGACAAAAACAAAGACAAAUGAAUAGCAUUUUACUUUUACUACAGACAUUGUGCUACGUUGUACUCUGGUACUUAUUUCAACUAUUUACCUGGUCCUAAGUGGUAGCUAGGCAACAAAGCUUGUUUUAAUGAAUCCCAAUGAAGCAUAAUAAUCAGUAGAUCAUUAUAAUGCAAGUACCAUUUUACCACAGGAUUUCUAAAUACACACCAGGUGUUUAUAAGUGAAGAGCCACACUUCGAAAUAGAUCUUUACCGAUUUAAAAAACAAACACUACAUACUGUAUAACUCAUUAAGUCAACCCCGGUUAAAAAGCUUACUGUGAAACUCGGUGUGACUCUAAAGAGUGUGUUAGGUUUGUCUCCCUGAGUAUGACUCUGUCUCUGUCUUCCACAGAGAUCAUUCACCAGUUCAUCCUGGAGCAGCAGAAGGGGAACAGAGUGCCGCUCUGCAUCAACCCCCAGUCAGCCGCUUUCAAAAGCUUUAUCAGGUAAGACUAGAGGCCUCUGCCGGGGGAUACCACCGGAUUCUUCAUUGUUUGGAUUUUUGGACUUAAGCUACAGUAGUUUGAAAGCGAACCACUUCUUAGAAACUUGAUAGCUUGUUAGACGACAUUAACCCUACUUGACCUGGUCCUGUGAGCAUGUCAGUUUACCUUCCCUUAGCUAAUCUACCUGUCACACCUUGAUACCUGUGUACUUCUGUGUCACAACGAGAACAGUAACAGUCCAUUCCAUUGGCCAGCUUUCCUCCUUGCAGUUCGUUAUUACCCGGCCUAAAACAUCUGAUUUGUGAGUUUCCCUCCUGCCUCCAGCCAGCCAGCCAACAUGCUGAGAGUUAUUGUGAAGGAUUUGGUGCAUUAGUUAAUAGCUUUUUCUGCAGGUCCUCUGCAGUAGAUGCAUGCUGCUCACUAACACAGAAAGUGGUGGUGCGGCGGCAGUGCCAGUGACUGACCAUAUCUUUCCAUCUCUCCCUGUCCCCUCAUCUAUCUCUGUUUCCUCUUAUUUAUUUUGCUCGUCUCUCUCGCUGUCUCUCUCUCCCGUCUCUCCCUGACAGUUCCACUGUGGCCCAGCCCUCUGAGAUGCCCCCGUCCCCUCUG